UGCACAGACAUGGCUUGAUGUCUCCAUUAGGUGGCCACAAUGGUGCGGGAGCGGAAAUGCAUCUUGUGCCACAUUGUAUACACCACCAAAAAGGUAAUCUUUCUAUGUAGUGAAAAGUUCAAUGUUUUUCUAUGUAUUUUAAAACGAGUCUAAGCAUACCCACAGAGCUACAAAUAAUAAUGGAAAAGAUAACGAUGAAAACAGACUUCCAUUGUCCCCUCCCCUCUAAUCACAGCACACUUUGUGUAGCUCAGUGCUGUGCUAACCUGUAUCUGGGUCUUUGCUGAGUCCUUAGAGCCAGAGGCAUUGUGGGAGCCCAUCUAUGCGCACACCUCUGCUGCAGCCAUCAGAUUUGUAGUUUAUAUGUUUGUCCCAAUGGUAUAGACCUAUAGGCUAAGAUUGUAAAUUAAGUUGUUGCAUACAUUUUAUAGUAAAAAUGUUUGAGAAGAAUUGCAGUGUUUCACCAAUAAUUAGUGUUUUGCAUAGCUGCAUCUAUUCACUAGAAUAAUUACAAUGCAUCUAAUAUUAUAGUGAGCGCCUUUAUUUGUUUCUUUGUAUAAUCUAUUCACUAGGCUGUUGCAGCAACAUCACAUCAGUUUCCCCCACUGGUCUGCAAUAUAGUGACAUAAGCUUUUAUAAAGUAUGUGUUCUGCAACUUGGGAAUGUGUUAAAGGCGUGUUUGCGAUCUCUGACUGUCACAUGUGUGCUAUAUUGAUAUUGUGUGGGAGCUGCAUGUUUGGCUGUCAUGUGCUACGUUGUAGUAUUGGUGACCGAUGAUUCAAAUGUGAGUGCCAAAUAUAACUGGCUCUUAAAACCAACCUCUGAAAUAAUAUCUAAAGCCAUCCCUUAACCUCUGAAAUAAUAUCUAAAGCCAUCCCUUAACCUCUGAAAUAAUAUCUAACGCCAUCCCUUAACUACUGUGUUCUUAGAAGCUGGACAGAACACCAGGGUAUUGUGUUCUUCUGGGAUUCAUCCAGCCACAUAAUUUUAUUUAUUUAUAUUUUUUAAAGGACACUGUAAACUAUAUUACACAAUUAAUAACACAUAUUAAAAAAACUGUAUUCCUGUCACUAUAACUCUGAAAAGCUGGUUUAGGUGGACAGCCCCCCUGCAACCUAUGCUAAAGGUUAGUUGACUUACCUUUUAGUUCAGCGCGGGUCCGGCGGCGCUAGCUUCACCCCCAUUCCGUCUCCUUGGCUGACAUCAUCAGAAUAAGAAAGCAUUGGAUCGGCUGAAAUUGUCAAUGCUGAUGAACUCAGCCAAGGAGGCAGGGUGGGAGCUAAGCCCAACUCUGCCCUAGCCAAUCUGCAUCUCCUCGUAGAGAUGCAUAAAAUAAAUGCAUCUCUAUGAGCAAAGUUGAGCAUCUCCAUGCAGAACUGCACACGGUGCAGCACUGAUUUAUUAAGCACCUCCAGUGGCCAUCUGAAGAAUGGCCACUGGAAGUGUCCAUAGGCUGUAAUGUAAAUAUUGCCCUUUCUCUGUAAAGACAGUGUUUACAACAAAAAGCCUGUGGGAACAGACUAUAGACCGCAGAACAACUACAUAAGCUGUAGUUGUUCUGGUGACUAUAGUGUCCCUGUAAUCUUGUUACACCCCCUGGCUGUCAGACAGCUGGCACUAUAACUUCCUGGUUUGAUUAGCUCAAUGGAAAUAAACUCAAUAAGCGGGCAAUCCCAAAACCACUAAAUCAUUUAGGCUUGCUUGAGGGUUAGCAUAACGUUCCACUUUUCUAAAGUGUCUUGGUUUGACCCUCACACCUGUCAGUCAGACAGCCCGGAGAAUUCUUGGUGCCCAAGCACACAGUGGAAGACAAUGUUUCUCAUAGAGAAGCAUUGCAGGAGCAGGACAAAAAGAAAUAGUAAAUACUUCUCUGCCAAUCUUUGAGAUGCUUUCUCACUCACCCAGUAAUGCAUGGCCACACACACAAUAGAGAAUUGAGCAGAUAUUUUCCUAAAGAAGACAAACUGUAGUCCCUUUUCAAUGUAUACCGUGUUUUUAUAUGCAUUUGGUGGAUAUAUGAUUAGUACAAUGUAUACAUUCUAUGUAACUUGCCAUCCAGAUGGGGACGACUGGUCCACUUCAGUAGUUAUGAAACUAAAGUAUUGCUUUUUAAAUUAUGUAUUUAUCUUUAUUUGUGCCUUUGUGUCUCUUAUAGGAAAUGGAUGGGCACAUGCGCAGUAUGCUUCAUCACAGGGAACUGGAGAACUUAAGGGGAAGGUAAUAAAUGUGUAGCAGGUUGUAACAUAAGCAUGUUCGUACAAGCAAAUAGGAGUCUUAACACUUAUGCACAUGCAUUGUGAAAUACAGCAUGAGUAAAAGCAAGAAUAUAGCAUUUUUGAUCGAUAUAUGGCAAUAAAUUCCUAAAGGAAUUGGCCUGAUUUUUUUUGUGUAAAAUAAGAAAUCUGAUGGGUCGCAUUGAUUAAAAUUGCUAAAAACAUAACCGGAAAGAAGCAUUUUUGCAAGACUAUUUAGGAUAUAUCAAAAAUUCCAUUCUAAUAUUAAAGCACUAAUCGGACACUUAUACCAUGUUGAUAAAUGAUAUCUUAUUAAGCCAUUUGUCAAUAAGUGUACUCCAAUGUACUCGGAGAUAAAACCACACACAGUUUCUAAAGAAAACUACAUAAAGUAUGCUAGGAAAUGGCUAGCGUUAUCCAAAGUAAAAGCACUUCAUGCACUUUAAUUAUUAAGCAACCUCUAGUCUAAAGCCUUUUCUUGAAAACUACACAGUUCUGUCGACCUAAAACUAUGUAAAACUAUUAUAUAGUGGUUCUGAGAAUAUAAAAAAAAAUUAUAAUAAUAAUUUCGUGGGCAGUACAGCUGUGUUUAGACUUGUACUAAAGAGGUGUGAAAUCUCAGAUAUCCAUAUGUUGUUCCACCCUUCAAAAUUGGUAGCAUUGCUUCAUAAUCCAGGCAGCAGAUACCAGAGAUACAACUGUUUCACCAAAUGUACUGUAUUAUACAGGUCUUUUGGUUUGAAAUAUGUUGUCAACUAUGCAACCUUUCCGUCACCCCUUCUACUCUGCCUUCAAAUAUUUUCUAGAAAUUAAUAGGUCUUCCGAUGAGGAUAUUUCUCAUCAUGUCUGAAAUACAUUUAAAUUUAGCUGGAAAGAACAUUUUAAUAGACUUAAAGUACUUGUGGCAUUAGAAAUGAGGUUUCCACCACCAAGUCCUGCUCUGUUCCUUCUCUUUUAAAGCCAAAUAAAGGAUUUACAGCUUAGACCAGCUCUGCAACUUACAAUUUUGAAUGUUUUUUUUUUUUUUUUCUGAGUAGAAAUGUACAAAGCUUUCCAAAAGCAGACAUCUCCCCAUGUCAGAUGGUGAUAACAGCUAAGCUGGCUAUGGCUUGGUUGAGUGGAACUGUUACAUUUGGGAAUCUUUGGCGUUUUUCAAGACCCACUUAGGGUGAUGUGCACUUCUAUGGUGGGGCAGUGGGGUGGAAGUGGUUUAUACUGGAGUUUCUUUCCUUCUUAGUGUUUUGCAGUCUUCUUCUUGGUCCUGGUCUUCAUUUUCCAGGAACUGUGUCACUAGUGUAUAUUUUUACAAGUACAAAAGAAUAAAAUGAAAGUGUUGGAUCUUCCACGGACAAUCUUGCUCACUACAUUGAAAAUGCCAAAUGUGCAUCUAUUGCGCAUUGUGUAAGUAAAUUUCUGUUUCACGGUUUCUUAAUGUCUUUGCAAUAUCAUCGCCAGAGAAGGCUUUUAUUUGGAAAUUGGCUUGGAAAUGUCUUAGUCCUUUGACUUGUGAAGUUUUUUUACUUGAUCAGUUAACGAUUAUAUUCACAACCUCAUGUUUUAAGAUUGUACUUAAUCGAUUUGGGCAAUGCUUAUUUUGAAUCUUCCCAAUGUAUCAGCAUGGUAUCUGAAUAUUAUAGGAUUUAAUCUGUCAUGUAUUUGUCCCCAGUUUGCUAAUUUUGUUGCAACUUAUUCUUUGCAUGAAAUGUGUUUUCCUCCCAUCCACAUGUGAAAUCAUCUGUUACAGUAAUACCUGUGACACUUUUCUAGAGUUCGGCAGCUUUUGAAAUGAGGGGAGUGAAAAAGUAAAGUGGUGCUUAGAGCUUCUUAAAUGUUAUAUGAUUUCUUUUGGAUUGGGGCUAGACUGUGGAACAUGGAAGGGGAAAGGCUUGACAUAAAGCAGGUACGUUACCAAGUAUUUUUUUUUAUUUAUUUUUUUCCUUUCUUGGACUUUAUUAAAUCAGUACGGUAGAAAUGUCUGCCGAGCACCCAAUAGGGGUGUAGUCAUGUGGUCUUGAUAUGAAAUCAGUCCAACAUGGGAAUUGAUUUUGUAAUAGAACUCAGGAAUUCAACAUUUGGCCAGGCAGCACUUUUUUGUCAUGCCCAACAUAAUUCGUCUGUGUCCUUUGUUUGUGGAAACAAAUGACAACCUUGUAAAACUCUGCAUUGUUCAAUACUGAAUCUACACCGCCGCAGCUGGCAACGUAUCAAACAAUGUUGCUGUGUACCGAGCAGUAAUGUGUUACCUAGAAUCUACAUUCCAUCAGCUGGCAACUUAUCAACCAAUGUUGCUGUGUACCGAGCAGUAAUGCAUUACCUAGUAGAGUGGCAGAGAUUUAACUAUGGUGCAGACAAGCUAUAAGACAUUAGUGAUAACCUUGUUUUAUUUAUCCUGCAAUUUGUAAAUGUGGGCAAAUGAGUCCAACACAAUGGGGGGACUAAUAUUUUAGAAGAACAGGUUGUCGUGCAGAUCAAAACGAGCCAGAACUCACCGUUGUUUUGUUUGCUGCUUAAGCUCUCUCUGUGGUUGUCCCCCCUUUCUGCCAACACAGGAUACUGGAUCUCUCUCAGGUACACAAUUCAACUACCAAUGGAUGCACAGAUACCAUUUAUUAUCUACAGACUAAGCUAUGUCACAGCCUGCAUGCAAGUUUGGCAAGUUGCCCAUACACUUGGCAUGACCUUCUGGACUACUGACCUGCCCAACAGCCUUGCUUGUCUCCUGGCUUUGUAUAACUCUGCUCAUUUGCAUGUAAUGUCCUUUUUCUUAAUUUACGUUGAACGGCUCUUGAUUUAUAAAAACCUAUUUCAAAUUAUAGUCAGACCAUGCAUUUAUGCAUUUUAAUGAACUUGUUAUUUUGCAGCAAGUGUCCAUAUGGCAUUGAUCUCAUACAUUUUGCCCACUGUGUUUAGUUUCUGGUGAACUUUCCAGGACACUCAAAAUACUGAUUCUAGUGGUUUGUUUUUGCAAGCUGCUUAGUGUGGUGAAGGGUUUGAUUAGAUAAAAGCAUUAGUCUUGGCUAUUUCUUCUUGUUUCAGCAUGGUGCCCGUCAACUCUUGUUUCUCUGUUCAUAACAAAUUAUUAACUUGUUUGCAGUUUUAUAUGCCCAUUAUAAAGAGCUAUGAAAUGUUAGCAGUAUUGCUUUUGUUUUACCUUUAUAUUUAUAUUACUGCUAUACCUGACCAAUUGCCUAUUAAACCACUUCACUACAAGAAUUCAAUAUAAUUUUAUUUUUUCCAUGUUUUCUUUUUUUUUAGAAUUAAAUUAAGUCCACAAAGCCUUACUAGCUCUCAUUUGUACCAUAGUUAUGAUUAACAGCCUGUAGGGGAACUGAUUUCCUUGACAGAAGCCACUGGUAUAAUGCAAAAUGCCAACUUGACCUGUUUCCAAACCGUAAAGGAAGUUUCAAUGGAUAAUAUGAUUCCUGCAGUCAGGAAGGGGUGCAAGAGUGAAUGAACAAUUCACUGUUAGCACUAGGUUAGUGUUCCAGAGCUUGAUGAAGAUUGUUGUUUUGUUUUUUUGACAAUCUUUAAUUUAUCAUCAGAAUGUAAGUAACAAAUAGUAAAGAAAUAAAAAUAGGAAUGAAACAGAGUAAUAUGAUCAUAUUGCCAGGUUAAGUGUACAUUACUUAUUACGGUUAUUUUCAGUUGAACUUACAUGACUACUCUCAAAUGCACUCUAGUAAUUAUCUCUCUGAAGAGAAUAGCUAGUUACUGUCCACAUGCAUGUAAGUCAGCUCAGCAGUGUUUGCCAGUGAAAAGUAAAGUAAAAGAGAGAAAGGACCCAUCACUGCAUGCGCGCCUCCCGAUACACCCACUUCCGCCCCACCAGAACAUCUCAUGGUCAUCCGCCAUCUAGUUUUCCUUCUCUUCAGCCUUCCCAGGGAGGUUCUCGUAACGGUACAUGUAUGCAUCCCAGUGGUAUCAUUGCUCUGCAUGUUUUGCUCACGUCCCCCUCAACUAUGCCAUAUGGCUGCUCUGAUUUCCUCGACCCUAUCAAACCAGAGUUUUUUAAAAGGUGCUUCUGGGCUCUUCCAAAGGACAAGUACUAUCCCAUUUGCUGCGUUCGGGGGUGCCUCAAUAUUUAAUGUUUAUGUUUGGAUAUCAGAAAAGGUGUGAUAUGUAAAAGGACGUUUCUGAAUGCAAAGAGAGAGGGGCUUAUACUAUCUCUGUGAAUGUGUCCCUUAACCAUCUGCCAAUAUGGUUGAAUCCCACCAAAUGUGUCUUAAUUGAGCCUUCCUCCCUUCCACAUCUCCAGCAUUCCUGUGGGACAGAAGGGAAUGCCUUAUGCAGAAAUUUGGAGGUUCAAUACUAUAGUGUGAAAAGUGUAUUGUUAACUUCUUGAUCCCCCAAGCUAAUAGGGCUCUUAUGCUGUAGGAUCAGAUACUUACUUACUCCAUUGAGUCUAUGUAAAGGUUUUGUCUAAUUUUUUUCUUCCUCUCCUAAACUUGGCAGAAAUCUGAUGUAACUGUAUUUACAGUGUGUGUGGGCAUUAUUCUCUGUUGCCAUUUUUCUUAAGCUGUUCUGCUAGUAAUGCCACCUUCAGUGUCCUUACAAAUACCUAUAAGCAAGGUAUUUGACCAUAGUUAUCUAUUUUUUGUUAUACUAAAAUUUCAGACCCUGUGCGAAAUAUUGCAAGGUAAAGGACUGUCUAAUGCUUUUCAUUUCCUAAAUAUUUUUUAUAAACCUUCAUUAUUUUUCUUUUAUGAUGGUUCUGGCGUGGUAUUCUCUGUUCACCAUCAGCUGUUCUACAGCUGAACAGUUUAUUAGUUCAGUCUUAAGCAGCUGAAAGUGGAAGGGAAGAUUGACUUAUAAAAUUCAAAGGUCGUCAUUGGGGUGUCAUCCUUCUAAUGGAUUUUAAUCAAGACAAGGCAUGUGUUCAGUUGGACUUUGCUGCCAACACUACUUUUUAGAAGAACACUUGGAUAAUUUAGGCUGACAAACAUUUUGGUGCCUUACUUUUCACCUAUGCUAUGUGUGUUAAUAGACCCGUUUUGUGUUCAAUAACCUGUUUUCUCCUUCACCUUCUGUUUUUGCCACAGGUAUUGUUUUCUUCAGUAACUACAGAAAAAAACAAAACCUCAAAUCUCAUGUAAGAAUGUUUCUUUACCAUUGAUCAUUUUGUGAUCAAUACACUAAACCUCAAAUGUUAGGUUUAGACUGGUAGAUAAAACAGGAAAAAAGAGUAAGCGCUAAAUAACAAAUGGGGCAGCAACCCUAUAACGGAAUCCCUUAAAGUACAACAAAAGAAAGAAAUAUGGGAGAUAAGGGCUGCGUCAGAGAGACUUUAUAUCAAACAAUAAUAACAGAUAGUCCAAAUAAAAAAAGAGUCUUAUCUAAAAUGCUCUUAUUGGGAUCACAGAGUCUAUAAGGUGCUUGGUCAGGAACAAUGUCCUCGAUGUCCUCAUCCGUAUAGAUCCACUCAUAUGCAAGAGAUGAUACAAAUAGAGAACCAAAUAGUGCAAUAAGUCCAGUAAUAAAACAAAAUAAAUAUAAAAGGCUGGUAUAAAACUCACAUGUACAAGAGCUAUAGCCGUAUUGGCGAAACGCGUUUGUGGAAUUUUUAUAUUGUGUAUUUUUAUAUAUUAAAGAUUAUUUGGUCACUUUUUAUUUGUGCCAUUUACCUUUUUAUACACUUCUGAUUGUUUUUUUACCUGGCAUUUUAUCACCCUGGACUCAAAGUAAUCCUGGGUGGGGAUCAUACCACCAACACUAUCAUCAAGGAGCAGUUGGUCUGCUCCUUCCUUGUGAGUACCAUUUUAUAUAUUUUAUUUUCAUAAUUUUAUCCAAUGAGCACUAUUGGUUGUCUCUUUUUAUUUGAGUGUCGAACAUACAAUUGAUGGAGGAAGUUUACCCCAUAUCCCAUAAGCGGGGAUUGUACCGUUGUACGCCUUUCGCACUAGAGCUAGCUAUAGCUCUUGUACAUGUGCGUUUUUAUACCAGCCUUUUAUAUUUAUUUUGUUUUAUUACUGGACUUAUCGCACUACUUGGUUCUCUAUUUGUUUUCUCUUGCAUAUGAGUGGAUCUACAUGGAUGAGGACAGCGAGGACAUUGUUUCUGACCAAGUACCUUAUAGACUCUCCGAUCCCAAUAAGAGCAUUUUAGAUAAGACUCUUUUUUUUUUAUUUGGACUAUCUGUUAUUAUUGUUUGAUAUAAAGUCUCUCUGGCGCAGCCCUCAUCUCCCAUAUUCCUUUCUUUUGUUAGACUGGUAGAUGUUCCUUUUUCAUCAGUCACUAUUAAAUAAUUAAACUGACAAUUUAUGCACCAAAACAAUGUUGGCUUAAUGAAAUGGGUUUUGGUGUAUAAAUUAUGCCCCCACAGUCAAACUGCUCAAUUCUUUGCCAUUUAAAAGUUAAAUCACUUAGUUUAUGCAGCCCUAGCCACACUUCCCCUAGACAGUCUCCCUGUACAUUUAAAGAGAGAUUUAAUGUUUAAAUUUCCUUUAUUGCACAGUGUGUUUAAUUUAGAUUUUUGUUUUGUAAUUUUAAGGGACACUAUAGUCACCAGAACAACAGCAGCUUAAUGUAGUUGUUCUGGUAAGUAUAGCCAGCCCCUGCAGGCAUUUACAUGUAAACCCUGUCUUUUCAGAGAAAAGGGAGUGUUUAUAUUACUGCCCAGGAACACCUAGUGGCCACUCCUCAGAUGGUGUGCAGCACUGACGUUUCCCCCAAUGAACUUUCCACAUAGAGAUGCAUUGAUUCAGUGCACAUCUAUGAAAAGAUGGUAAUAGGCCACCUUGGCUGAGAUCAUCAGAAUUGACUCUCUCAUCCAAACCAAUGGUUUCCUAUGAGAAAGCAUUGUGAUUGGCUGAGAUGCGGUGCUGGAAAAAGAUGAGUAAAUGAUCUUUCUAACUCAAUGUAAGAUGACGGUUGUUUUAGAACUAAAGUGUUCGAAAUACACAUUUGUGUUCCUAACACUAUAGAGCCUCGUUAAGUAUUUUAUUAAUACAAUUAUUAAUAAAAUAAUAUAAUCAUAACUGGAACUAUUCACAAAGUAAUAAAGUCUAAUAAGCAUUGCUGUAGAUAGGAUCUGUGACCCACUCAGCAGAUACCUGCAGAGGGAGAGCCACUGCCACUCGGAAACUGGAGUCAAAUUAUCCGAGAGGGUCGCCCUACCGGCCCCAACUUUUAGUGCAAUCCAGUGUGAUGCUCCCUGGAAUCUAGCAGCAUCUGGACCUGGUAGUUGAUAACCUACCGCCUCAUUCUCCCAGCAAUGCAGAGCUGGAACCCUCUAACAGGGAAGCUAUGUGUUUUGGGGAUAUGGCCCUAUUUGGUUCGCAGCCUAGGCAAUUGGAGGCAAGGGUGGAAGCUGGACCUGUGGUGAUUUUGAGCUGGCUGUGGUGUCUACCUGUGUCAUCUCCUCCACAAUGCUGCUUGCCAAAAAAUAGUGGUUUUGUCGAUUUAUCAGGCUUAAUGAGGGUCUUUCCCUGAGCAGCUUUUUUAGUGUCCCCACUCUCCCCCAACCAUUUUUUUUUUAAUGCCCCGUGCAAAGAUGUGCUGGCUACAAUUCCUAUCACCGCUGCUUAUCAUGACGGCCAUGCCCUGUUUGUAAUAUUGUAAUAAAUCUGCACUCCAAGGAUGCUUGUUCUUAUGAUAUGUGUUUUUUUUUUUUUUUCCUUUACGUUCUUUUGAGUGCAGUACGGCUAUGUUGUGAGAAUCUGUUUUGCCUAACCAUAGUUUAACCUUUUAAGGACACAUGACAUGUGUGACAUGUCAUGAUUCCCUUUAUUCCAGAAGUUUGGUCCUUAAGGGGUUAAACCAAUGACUUUCCAAUUGUUGUGCAUAUUUCCCAUGGUUCUCAGGAGCCAUUGCUAUCUGUAAUGUAGUAGGAUAAUAAAAUACCUGAUUUUAUUCAUUUAAGGGUUACUCAAACCAAAAAACUGUGUUUUCAUAAAACACUGGUUUUGGUUAGAGUAUCCUUUUCUGAAGUGCUUCCCCACCCCCCCACACUUUAUAAUAAAAAAAAUAAAAAAUCUAAAACUUAACUCUUCCAACGCCAAGACCUAGUUCUGCCUGAAGCCUGCUCCUCCUAGGCUGAUGUUACUCUUCCUUGGCAGAAGUGAAGGUAGGGCAUGGGUGGCAUGGGAAAGAGGUGCCUCCAUGUGCUUUCUGUAGCCAGCAUGCUGUGCCAGUUUUGCACAGAAUUGAUAUUAACCCAGAACUCUAGUUCAGGGCUGGGUAUUAACGCACCAGAGGUGGAGGGUUAGUCUCUGUAUGUGCAGCUUUUCACAUUAAAUACUUCGCCUAUAGACACUAAGACCACUUCAAAUCCAUGAAGUGGUCAUGGUGCUUGGAGAAACCCUCAUUAUUAUUAUUAUUACUGCCAUUUAUAUAGCGUCAACAGAUUCCGUAGCGCUUUACAAUAUUAUGAGAGGGGGGAUUUAACUAUAAAUAGGAAAAUUACAAGAAAACUUACAGGAACGAUAGGUUGAAAAGGGCCCUGCUCAAACAAGCUUACAGUCUAUAGCUCUUAAGUGGAAAUAUAUAUUAUCUAUUUAACCUAUGCUUGUUUCCUUUCAUUCACACCAUUUGGAAUGUAAACUCUGUUGAAACAGAGCUCUCAUUACUUUUUUUUUUAUUUUAUUUUUUUACUUUUUUCUAUUUAUUCUGCAAAUAAUUUGAUUCUCUUUUCACACUACACAACAUUUCAUAAAAUGUUGGUCCUUGUAAUUAAAAUCCUAAUAAUUUUAAAUGUGAUAGGGAAUGCAUUAUAGUAGCUUUAUGCCAUAUUUGUACUUGAAUUACGUUUGUUACUGUUUAUAUAUCUAUAUCCAAAUAUAGUAUACUGUACAUAGUAAUUACUAGAAUGUUACUUUCUUUUAAUUAUUAGACCACAUUUGUAAAAUACAUCUAAUGUAACAGAUUCACAUAAGAAAACUCUGUUGCUAUACAGGAAUGCACAGAUGCAAACAUUUGUCUGUCAAGGCUUCUAUCCACCCACUGAAUUGGUCUUCUGUAGCAUAAUGCAUAUCUUGUGGCUAAAUUCAGUUUGCUUGAUACUAGGCAGCCUGUAUGAUCAUAUGCUGUGAGCCUGGAGUUUUCACAUUCCCAACCUGUGCUUCAGCUGUCCGGGGUCAUGUUACUCCCCAGUGAUAGGCCCCAUUCCCACCCCCGAUGCCUUUUCUGUCCCUGUAGAGGGUGUUUCGAUGUAGCUGAUAAAAGCAGUAACUGUCACCAAGGCUGUUCACAGCAGCUGGCACCAUGCAUGGGCUGCAGAGCUGGAGUGGCUAGCUCUGCGAGCCCCCUUCCCUUACCCAACCUCCUUCCACUAUGCUGUGUAUCCUCAUUGGGCAUGAUUUUCAGUACAACAAUUAAAGAAGAUAUCCUUUUUUUUUUUUUUUUUUUUAAAUAAGUUUUUUUGCCUCUUGAUUGUUGGAGAAAAAUCUAUCCUUUUUUUUUUCAUUUUUUUAGUAGUACAACUUACAAGAUAUUGACACUCUUUCUGAUAGAGAAGUUUUUCAGUACAUGCAUGGUGGGAAGUAAUUACUGAGCAAGCUUUCUCUGUUACAUAAAGUUUCGAGAUUAUCUACUGACCGUUCAAGGAGACUCUGCCCUUUAAGGAAACACAGUACAGUUCACAUAUUGUCAAAAAUGCCAGUAGGAAAGAUUGAAUGUCCUCCUUCUGCCUCUUCCCUCAGAGACUGCAGCCACGAGUGCCGGGUAUGCAGAGUGACGGUGGUGGGCCUCUCAACAUACGCUAAACACAUCUCAAGCCAGCUGCACAAAGAUAAUGUUGAUGCCCAGGAAAAAGAAGAAGAAAAAGAUGAAGACGAAGAAGAAUACUUUGACAAGGAACUUGUCCAGUUAAUUAACCAAAGGAGAGAACAAAACCGGUGAGUUGACAUUUCAACACCUGAUUGACUGAUUUAUUUAGUAUGCCCUUUUAUUAUUUUAUUUAUUUUUAUGAUGUUUUAUAAGGCAUAUAAUGCGGUUUAUGUUAUGUCUUUCUUGUUGGAGAGGAGUGAUACAAUGGUCUAGUUUAGAGAUUGUUCAGGCACCAAAAUGUAGUUUUUCUGCUGUAAAACGAGAUAAGAUCCUUCUGUGUUUGCAACAGUUCCUUUAGUAAAGGUUUUAUUAUAAUAUUAGUUUUGUUGUAUGUUGCUGAACUCUCUCAUGCCAUCUUGUUAAAUGAAAUUUCCUUUACUACACUUUUGUUUAUACUUCCAUUCUAUAACGUGAUUACUAAUCAGACUGUCCUCAUUCUCCCAUACAUUGCACAUUUACAUACUUGUAAUUAUUAAAGGUGCUUUAUUGCAAAUAAGGCCCUCUGUUUGAGUCUCAUUCUGUCGAGCUCCCAAUGUUCUCGGUUUCCAGUUACUACCUCCUAUGCUUUAAAUAACUGCAUAGUUGAUUGGUCAGAGACUUUUCACUCCCCAAUGGGUGGGAAAUGGCUAAGAUGACUACCUCCUAUCAUAAGAUUGAGCAAAGCUUAGAUUUUGCCCUCCCUAGUUCCUACACAAGAAAGUAAGGCCAGAUUUAACCUCCUUGCUGCCCAAAACCAGUUUUCUCAAUGCACCCCCAUAUAUAUAUAUAUAUAUAUAUAUAUAUAUAUAUAUAUAUAUAUAUAUAUAUAUAUAUAUAUAUAUAUAUAUAUAUAUAUAUAUAUAUAUAUAUAUAUAUAUAUAUAUGUGUGUAUGUAUGAGAGAAAGGUGUGUGUAUAUAUAAAAUAUUGUAAAAAGUCUUAUUAAUAACACUUGUAUUUAAUAUAAUAUUCGAAAUGACAGCAUCUUUACCUAUUUUGGUCCUUUUCAAGAUCUACAGACCGUGUAAAAGCAAUUUAAUUUAUACAAAAAUAAGAAGUGACCUACCAAUAGUGCAUGUAGGCAGACCUAUUCAAACUCGGAAGUGCCCGGAGAAACCACAUGACGGAACAACUCAUACGUGGAGUCAUGAUUAAACAUGCCACCGUGGUUGCUAAGUCCAAAAGUAACGAUCAUAAUUAAAGCUGCUAGUAACCACAUACUGUGUGGAAGCUUACAAAAAAUCUCUACCCUGUAUAUAGGGGAGGGUGCAUAUCUAUAUAUUUCUCAAAAAACAUUUGGUGUUUGCAACUAGCCUUGAGUGUGAUAAGAUGAGUAAAUACGUCUAGAUGUUUGUAUUGCAUUUGAUGUGUAAAUGCAACUAGUUUGGGGUUUGACUGCAUGGUGAAUGUGACUGGGUUAAUUCUUAAUACUGGUUAAGGAACAGCAAACACAAAAAUACAGUAAAAUAAUUACCUAAUAAUUAAAUAGUGCUAAGUGAACUAAAGUGUAUUUAAUCUGGUGUAAGAGCAUUGUGAAUAUUAUAAUGCAAAAUUAUUGUGAUAAACGUAAUUUAAAAAAUGCAGUGUCAAAACUAAACAAUUAAAGUGAUAGUGUUAAUUAAAUACACUUUAGUUCUUUGGGCACUAGCACUAUUUAAUUUGUCUACCACAUUGAAAUUAAUAUUGUUGUACUGUCGUGUAGUGGUGGGCUUAACACAAUAUGGCCAUAUGGUGGAACUGAAACCCCUAUAUGUUUGCUAAAAAUAAAGAAUUUUUGGUAGCCUUGUAAUAUGUAAAACUGUAUUUUUGUGUGUGUGCUGUUCAUUAAUCCAUCAUUUGUAUAAGUUUUGUCUCUGUGGCAGCACCACUUGUGAGAAAUGCAUGUUCUGGGUGUGCACCAAAUUCCCUUUUUUUCUAGGUUAAUGCUUGAUUGAUAAAUCUUACAGGACUGGGGGGCGUGAGAGGGGGGAGAGAGAGAGAAAUAUUGUGUGUGUGUGUGUGUGGCAGUGCCUACUAGUGGGGUUGCUUGUUUUUGGAGAUGCUACUUGUGGCAAUUUGUAUAUGGGGAGAUGCUGUUUCCGGUGCAGUUUGUAUGUGCAUAUAAAUAAGUGCUGUAUAUCAAUAGGGGGCUGUGGUGCAUGUUUGUAUGGGAUAUUGGCUGCAUAGUGUGUUUGACGGGAUAGCGUUUGUAUGGGGGGGAUUGUGUGUGUGUAGGUGGGGAUUUGGGGCUGUAGAGUAUGUAUGUGGAAGGGUAAGGACGGUAGUGUAUGUGUGUAGGAGGCAUGGGACGGUAGUGUGUGCUGGGAGGAGACCGGUCCUGUUUUUGUGUGUGUUGGGAGGAGACCGGUCCUGUUUUUGUGCGUGUUGGGAGGAGACCGGUCCUGUUUUUGUGUGUGUUGGGAGGAGACCGGUCCUGUUUUUGUGCGUGUUGGGAGGAGACCGGUCCUGUUUUUGUGUGUGGUGGGAGGAGACCGGUCCUGUUUUUGUGUGUUUGGGGGGGAGUCGGUCCUGUCCUUUUUGUGUGUGGUGGGAGGAGACCGGUCCUGUUUUUGUGUGUUUAGGGGGGGAGUCAGGUCCUGUUAUUGUGUGUUUAGGGGGGGUGACAGGUCCUGUUAUUGUGUGUUUAGGGGGGAAGAGACAGGUCCUGUUAUUGUGUGUUUAGGGGGGGGAGACAGGUCCUGUUGUAUGUGUGUGUUAGGGGGAAAUGGGGACUAUUAUGUGUAUUAAAGCGGGAGACGGGUUGUUGUCUGUGUUGGGGAGAAGACAAGGGCUGUUGAUUGUGUUGGUGAUGAUGGGCUUUGUUUUGCAUUGGGGUGACAGGGGCUGUUUGUGUUGGGGCUGACAAGGAGCUGUUGUGUGUGUGUGUGUGUGUGUGUGUGUGUAUAUAUGUGUGUGUUGGGGGGAGACGGGGGCUGGCGUGUGUGCGCGCGCUGAGGGAUGCUCAGUCAUCUUGAGACUUGCUAACUCUGUCCUGUGUAUAUAAACUGUGUUGGGGACUCGAUAGACAUGUUGGUGUCUCUUGCUCACCAACCUAUAUAAGGUGCAUAUUCACAAUACAUUUUUAAAUUUUGUAUCUUUUUAAUUUAUUUUUUUUACUAUAAAGGGACAAUUCAUGUAUCAUAUAGGUAAUGCAUUAAAUUAAGGAAUAAUGACGAAAGGGUUAUCAUUACAGUUCCCUUAAACUGCUGCACUUGCCCAGGGGACAGACUGCUCCCUCCCAGACCAAAAUGAGUCUCCUCCAAUCAGUGGUAGUUCAGCUCACAGCUGCAGUUACACUAGUCAGAUCUAACAACUGGAACUGUUCAAUAAGCUGAUAGAAGACAGAGCUCAGCUACAUUUCUUUAACAGUUUUAGGAAUGUGGAAUAACCUUUUCUCAAGCCACUUACUAUGCAUAAGUACUGCCACGGCUUGGGUUCUCUCUAAAGAUCUGUGAGGGGUGGGAUGUACAAGGAUCAUAGAUGGCAAAGGAGGAAAGACAAAAAUACUCUUUUGAUGUUAGUCACUAAAGGAUUGGUUUUAAAACCUUCAGAAUGUUUAAGCCAAUGUCCUAAGUGUGUGCAUUGACAGGUGACUUCUUUGCAACAUUAUAGAACCAUUUAUUUAUUUUUUUACUUAAAGGGACUCUCCAGUGCCAGGCAAACAAUCCGUUUUCCUGGCACUGCAGGUCCCCUCUCCCUCCCACCUCCUAUCCCCGGUUGCUGAAGGGGUGAAAACCCCUUCAGUAACUUACCAGAGGCAGCGACAUGUCCCACGUCGCUGCUUCUUUCUCCGCCGCCGCUCCUCCCCUUCAUUACGUCAGCUGGCGGGGGAGACUGAUCAUGCUGCACAUGCGCAUUAGACUUCUCCAUAGGAAUUUUUAGGGAUUUUAGCUAUGCUGGAUGUCCUCACACAGCGUGAGGACGUCCAGCGACGCUAUAGCACAGAAAACCUGUGCUAUGGACCAGGAAGUGGCUGUCUAUAAGACAGCAACUAGGGGAGGACUUAACCCUGCAAGGUAAUUAUUGCAGUUUAUAAAAACUGCAAUAAUUACAGUUGCAGGGUUAAGGGUAGUGGGAGUUGGCACCCAGACCACUCCAGUGGGCAGAAGUGGUCUGGAUGCCUGGAGUGUCUCUCUAACAAAAUCCAGGUCUCUAAUUUGACCAGAAGCUAGCUGCUCCCCCUUCCCCCCUGUUGCCUCUGAUGGUAAGGGAUUUCACACAUUCAUUAUCCCUCCAGAUUUGAACAUUCCAAGAGACAAUAUGGAGGGGAUUGAGGUACACCAAUUGAAAAUACUGGUUUCAUUUUUAAAGAUACAGCACUUUUUAGGUGUUAAUAAAACACAUGGCAAGCAGACAUACAGACAGAAGUAGCAAGAUAUAUGCUCAGAGUCUAAUAUGUCUGAAACAUCACUUAAAUCAUUUGAACAAGCCACAGUAACUAGGAGUUCAGAGUUCGCAUAAUGUCUUAACUUGAGCAAAAUUGAAAAAUUGGCAACAUGAGGGCAAAGACGGUGACCUGAAAAUGCAGGUAUCAAAUGGCUUUCAGCAGUUGUAGAAACUAGUGUGACGUCCAUGCUGCAGGAAAGGAAAUUAGAAAGCCUGAAGUGAGUCAUGAUUUGUAGAUUGCUGAAUAGGUGCAAUCCCUUGCUCAUAUCUUAUAACCGUGUUUAAAGCAGCACUGUCAUGUCGAACUUACCUUUCUCCUAUUGUUUCCUCUUCUCUUUCUCUCUCAGAAUCUGAUCUUCUUUUCUUUAUUUCGGAUCUGAUCUGUAAAACACAAGAUAAAGUAGGGCCUACUUUGCCUUAUGUAUUUUUCCUACGACUGACAUUCCCUGACCCAUGGAGGGCUAGAGUCGGCUCAAUUUCCUGGGUAAAGAAAGUAAUCCCCCUUCUCAUUGACACAGGAAGUCAAGCUUAGGAAAAAUACACAAGACAAAGUAGUCCCCGUUUUAUCUUAUGUUUUAAAGAAACCUGGAUCAGAUUUAAAGAAAGAAGAAUCGAUUCUGAGAGAGGGAUUGAAGAGGAACAAAAAUAAAGAAUCAAAAAAAUUAUUUAUAAUUUUUUUUUUUUUUUUUUUUUUAAAGUAACUUCGCAUUGCUCAGUAUUACAAAUGAGUAGCUUAUCCCAAAAAGUAGUUCAGCUUCUCACAUAGCAUGAGUGGAACUGUUUUGUAAAUUGAUGGCUGCUAUCCAUUUACACGCAGUCUUCUUCAUUGUUUAGCCUGCACAAUCUGCCUAUCCGCUCUCUUUUUAGGGGAGGGUGAAGGAUCAGCCCAAGUUUUGCAGCAGUCCUUGCAUGCAAAAUUUUGACUAAAUGAAACUGGGCAAACUCGAAAUCUCAUCCAGGGCUUACAGAAGGACAGGCUUACCUCUUACAAAUCACUGCAGUUCUAAACCAUUUUCAUAGCUUAAACAUUAAAGGAACACUAUAGUCACCUAAAUUACUUUAUCUAAAUAAAGCAGUUUUAGUGUAUAGAUCAUUCCCCUGCAAUUUCACUGCUCAAUUCACUGUCAUUUAGGAGUUAAAUCACUUUGUUUCUGUUUAUGCAGCCCUAGCCACACCUCCCCUGGCUAUGAUUGACAGAGCCUGCAUGAAGCAAAAAACUGGUUUCACUUUCAAACAGAUGUAAUUUACCUUAUAUAAUUGUAUCUCAAUCUCUAAAUUGAACUUUAAUCACAUACAGGAAGCUCUUGCAGGGUCUAGCAAGCUAUUAACAUAGCAGGGGAUAAGAACAUCUUAAUUAAACAGAACUUGCAAUAAAGAAAGCCUAGGGGCUCUCUGUACAGGAAGUGUUUAUGGGAGGCUGUGCAAGUCACAUGCAGGGAGGUGUGACUAGGGUUCAUAAACAAAGGGAUUUAACUCCUAAAUGGCAGAGGAUUGAGCAGUGAGGCUGCAGGGGCAUGUUCUAUACACCAAAACUGCUUAAUUAAGCUAAAGUUGUUCAGGUGACCAUAGUGUCCCUUUAAGCUUAUUCUUUAUGUUGUCAAACUUUAGUAAGUCAUAAUGUGUUUCUUUUUACAUGUUUCUAGACUAUAAUAAUGUGGUUAUAUAUAGAAGACUGAGCUUUUUAGCUUAUAUACUUAUAUAUGUUUUUGCUUUUUAAUAUUUUAGACCCGAUGAUUCUUGCUGCACAUCCAAAGAACAAGAAAAAGACAGAUACCAGAGGAGAAGAGAGGACCAUCUUUUGUUUAAGGAAGGGGGGCCCCAGGAUUGGCACUGUGAUCCAUCGAAGAGGGGCUGGCAGUGGCAAAGUGAAGGCUUCACCAAUUCUAGGCAGGUUAAUUACCAGCAUCCUGCACUAAACGUAAACCAUAGGCAUCUUCCUGAUUCUAGAGGACGACCUGGCUGGCAUUUAAACGGUCCAUCAAACCGUCAUCAGAACCAUGGUGGCGGCUCAUGGCACUCAAAUACAGGAGGCCCUACUAGUUGGCACCAUAGAGGCACAGGUAGGAACUUUCAUUGGCACCAUGACGGAAAUAGUAGUUUUCCUGUCCUGCCCCCUAGAAACUGUGUAGGAAACUGGCAGCCUAAUCCAUACAAAGGUAAACCGUGGAAUUUUGGUGGCAAUGUCGAUACAUUUCCACAAGGAAGAAACCGAAAUCUAAGGCAUUGUGAUUCAACACAAGAAAAAGAUCCAGGGUGGAAUACGACAAAUUGUAAUAAGUUCAGUAAAGAGAGAUUCACCUGGAAAAAAACAGAAAACAGCAGCAGUAAUCGUAAAACGUUAUUAAAUUCAGAUACAAACUCAAGAAAGCACGAGGAACUUUCCAGUGAUACACUUCCACAAGAAAAUGUUUUUGAGUCAGAGUUAUUGGAAAAACCCAGUAUUACUUCCACAGUGAAACCAUUAGUUUGUCCAGGCAAAGCCAAUAACUGUUCGAAAGAUAAACCAUACAGAUGGACUCCAUACCCAUCACAAAAGGGCGUGGAAAUCCAACAAACUCUAGAAAACGAUUUACUUUCUGAAAUUACAGAAUUCAGCAACAAUGAACCAAAAAAAGACCAAAUAGAAAACGCGGACAGGGUAAAUACGAUGGAAGAUCAAGUUAUGCCUGAUAUUUGUGAUAAACCUGAGGAAGAUAAGGCUGAGCAAUGUGAGCCUAAGAGCCCUAGAAUGCCUUCUGUAAAACCACCUGUUUUCAAUGUACCUGAUGUGAAAUCUUCCACCUCUAAGAGAGAUCAAAGAAAUCCUUUAAAAGGUGUAAAACUGCAGUUCACUUCUUCUUUUGGGGAGAGACAAAACCGAUUGAGUGCUCUAAAUUUAGAAACUGCUCGGUCCAAUUCUUACAUCUCUAAGUUACGCAGUGCUUCUCGAAAUACAACAAAAAUUAUCCAAGAACCACAAGUAAGUGACCAAAAGGAACCUGUUGAAACCCUCGGGGAUGUGCUCCGUAAAGCGAAGGAAAUGCUGCAAAAUAGUCAAUCCAUUCAGAACCCUUACUUUUCUUUUAUGAAGGAUGCAUCUGUAGGUCCAGACACCCUAACACCUAAAGUAUCAAACAUUGUUAAAGAUGAAAACCAGCUCACAGAAGAUCCAUUAGAAUCAGGUGACGAUCACCCAGCUGACAGUGGAGCAAAGUUGGAUAAUGUGUUACAAUCAAAAUGCACCUCCCCAUUUCUUAGAAAUUGUCAUUUAUCCGAAGAUAAUCCUGGAAGUAUUGAAACCUAUCCAGAAAAAAAUUCUACCAACACAGAGCAUGAUAUGUUACCAAUGCAACAUACAUGCAAAAGUUUUAGUACUCAAACAAAUACAGAGGCUCUUUAUGAUGACAGUGAGACCGCUCAUCAAGGUCAAGAUGAUCAUGAAUCUGAAAGUCUUGCAAAUGUUUCAGACCUUGAACUACAAAAAGGUGUAAAUCAGUCAUCCAGUCCAAUUUUACCUGAAUUAAGCAAGCUAGGACUUCCUGCUUCCCUCCAAAGAGAUCUGACCAGGCAUAUUAGUUCACGAAGCAAAACUGGAACACAUCUUCCAGAACCUAACCUAAAUAGCGCCCGGCGCAUCCGAAAUGUUAGCGGUCAUCGAAAGAGUGAAACGGACAAGGAUUCUGGGCUCAAACCAACUCUGAAGCAGAUUCUGAAUGCGUCGCGUAGAAAUAUAAACUGGGAACAGGUCAUCCAACAUGUGACCAAGAAGAAACAGGAGUUGGGCAAGGGUUUGCCAAGGUUUGUACUAAACAUAUUUACUGACUAUAUUAUUAAAUUUUGGUGAACAGUAAUGAAAGACGAGUCCAGUAUCCUUUUAUUUUGGCAAUAUUGUAAUAUAUAAAUGAGAAUACAAUUUUCCUUUUGGUGACUGGCCAUGAACACACACAGGGACUUGCACAAUGGCUGAGUCUCUCCCUUCUUAGAAUUUGUUAGUAGCUCCUUGUUUUAAACCGUUCCUUUCCACUUAUGGAUAAGCAAGGCAAGAGUAAGACACCACAUCAGUGAUAUUUGCUGAACGUAUAAGUCAUGUGGGUGUUGCAUGUCAUCUGCUCUUGGUGUCAUGUGGGUGGUUGCUGGAUAACAUUUAAUUGUUCUAGAUCAGGGGUAGGCGAUCUUCGACCUCUCCAGAUGUUUUGGUCUGCAUCUCCCAUGAUGCUUUGCCUAUAUUAUGGCUGUAAGAGCAUUAUCAGAGAUGUAGUCCACAGCAUCUAUCCCUGUUAUAGAUGCUGAAUUCGAUGCAGGUGUGGGUGGAUAAUGAGGAGAGACAAAACUGAUUGAGUGUUUUUGAUUUUGGAACUGUUCAGUCAAAUUCUUAAAUUUCUAGUUUAUUCAGUGCUUCUCGAAAUACAACAAAAGUUAUCCAUGUGCCAAAAUAUAAUGAAUUAUUAAAAUAUAAAUAGGUCUGGAAUACAUAAUUAGGUUGUGUUUGUUUAUUCAAGGUUUGGUAUAGAAAUGGUGGCACAGGUUCAAAGUGAACAAGAAGGUCUUGACUUUGAUGAAGAAACAGACUUGGGAAUUGAAAGCUUCCAUUGGGAAGGCACAGUCACAGGUCCUCUGUCAGCACGGAAGCGGAGUCUUUCUGAAAGCAGCGUGGUGGUGGACAAGGUCUCUGUGUAUGAUAUCUUCGAUGGUCAUGAGACGCAUGAUGAACGUAUUCCAACAAGCCCAUCAGCAUCUGGACAAAAUGUGAACUCCAUGAUGUUACCAGCAAAACAGACAUCUAAUCGAGCUUCCAUAACAUCUCCUGCACUGAAUGCUGCCGCUAUGUUUGACCUUCCAUUAGCUGAAACAUCUCAAAGUCAAAAGGAAGAUGUGCAAAACUGCACAACAGACAGUCCAAGCAUGUUCCAAAGCAUUAGCGAGGAUGUGAAUUUCAGCGCAGCCCAAAGUUUUAGAGUCAGCACCCCUGUCGAUGUUGGUACUGAUAGCUGUACUUCUGGAACUGAACAGUACGACGGACAAGGGACUGGAAAAAAAAGAAGGGCAACAGGAGUAAGUCCAAUAUUUCACACUCAUGUAAUUGUGAUUAAGGAACACCACAGCAUUAGGAAUGUACCCUUAACGCUGUAGCUUUCUACUAACUGUUUAGAUGACCCCCUCUCUGUGUAUUUAAAAAAAAAAAAAAAAAGUUUGGAUUCCUUUUUGUCAUUGUCAUACCGGUCUUGCUGCGGCCACCCCACCUCCCUGGGUGAGGGUUAAAUUAAUUAAUUUUGAUGAUCCCAGCCAAUCCAAUGCUUCUCCAAUGGGAAUGUUAGUGCGCAUGCACGGCAAAUUGCAGCGCUAAAAUAAUCUGUUGAGUUACUGCAUUUUUAUGGGGAGUUUUCAGCAUCUCCGUGCAGAGAUGCUGAAUGUCGGUCCUGCAAUCUUUGCUGGACCAAACCCAGGAAGCAAUGUAAACAAAGCGAGCCUGCAGUUAGAGGCUGUCUCUGAACCACUACAUUAAAGGGUAUCAGUAAAGUCGUAUGGGUGCCAUAUCCCUCAUGUUUUAACAUUGCCGCUGAAAACAUUUUUCAUUGCAUGGUUAACAUGCCUCUAGUGACUGUCAUUCUGACGGCCCCUAGAUGCACUUCCACAAAAUAAUGGAGUAUUUUACCCCUUUUAACCCCUGCAACAGGAGCCCAGUCGCCUAAAAGGUGACCAGGGCAUUAUUCUGUUAGGAAUACAUAUUUGUAUCCUAACACUAUAGUAUUGACUAGUAAUAAAUUAUGGCAUAUUAAAGGAACACUAUAGUCACCUAAAUUACUUAAGCUAAAUAAAUCCGUUUUAGUGUAUAGAUCAUUCCCCUGCAAUUUCACUGCUCAAUUCUCUGCCAUUUAGGAGUUAAAUCACCUUUUCUGUUUAUGCAGCCUUAGCCACACCUCCCCUGGCUAUGAUUGACAGAGCCUGCAUGGAAAAAAAAACUGGUUUCACUUUCAAACAGAUGUAAUUUACCUUAAAUAAUUGUAUCUCAAUCUCUAAAUUGAACUUUAAUCACAUACAGGAGGCUCUUGCAGGGUCUAGCAAGCUAUUAACAUAGCAGGGGAUAAGAAAAUCUUAAUUAAACAGAACUUGCAAUAAAGAAAACCUAAACAGGGCUCUCUUUACAGGAAGUAUUUAUGGAAGGCUGUGCAAGUCACAUGCAGGGAGGUGUGACUAGGGUUCAUAAACAAAGGGAUUUAACUCCUAAAUGUCAGAGGAUUGAGCAGUGAGGCUGCAGGGGCAAGUUCUAUACACCAAAACUGCUUCAUUAAGCUAAAGUUGUUCAGGUGACUAUAGUGUCACUUUAAUAGUAAUACAUUAUGACAUGAGUGUGUAUUGACUAGUAAUACAGCCAAAACAAGUACUACCUAGUGUAGUGAUAAAGGAAAAAACCCAAACAUUUUCUUUCUUUUGUUUGACUUCAGUAAGCGAGAGUGGUUCAGGUAGGCAGUGGCUUGUCCAAGGGGCCGAGGUGUUUUAGGGGAGAGAUUAGUUUUUUUUAUUAUUGAAGCUUUGGAUAUAUAGCCUCUUUUCCUCAUCAUUAUUGUUAUUAUUGCCAUUUAUAUAGUGCCAACAGAUUCCGUAGCGCUUUACAAUAUUAUGAGAUGGGCAAUUUAACUAUAAAUAGGAAAAUUACAAGAAAACGAUAGGUUGAAGAGGACCCUGCUCAAACGAGCUUACAGUCUAUAAGAGGUGGGGUGUAAAACACAUUCCCUCACCUCUACCUUUAUUAUUAUUUUUCCUGCCCCUACCUCUACACUGAGUUAGUGACUCUUACAAGGCUAAGGACCUGGUGUGACACUCAGAGCAUAUCGUAGAUCCCUAUCACCCUGGUAACCAGCCUUCUAUUUUAGGUCUCUUAUUAGAUUUCCAGAGCACUAUUUAGUCCAUCUCCCUCAUUUUGAAUCUUAAAAAAAAAAUAAAAAAAUAAAAAAAAAAUCUAUUUUACAUAAUUGCUUAGAUUUACGGUUCCCUCUUUUUUGGUCUUUCGCCUCACUAAGACCCCUCUCCUUAAAGCAGGUUCCUUUUUCAUAUAUGUACUGGUUUUAGGAUUACUCUCUCCAUUUAGGAGUUCGAUCAUAGACAUUCCACGUGGAGACAAUCCAUUAACCCCUGAUAUAUUUCCGGGCUCCUGGAUUGUACUCUCGUCUUUCCACUUUUUUCUAAUUGUAUUUCCAGCUUGGCUAUUUUGGCCCACAGUUUGAAAUUCACUUUGCAUUCCUUACAAUUCACACUUACGUGAACAAAGGUCUGUCUUGAUACAUGUCCCUAUUAACGCUGUGAGGGAAGGAUGCAGUUAUUAUCUUUUUCUUUUCUUUUAAGGAUUGUUCUUGUCCUGAAAUACCAAGCUUAGAAAGAAACAGCAAAAGAAGAAAGAUACGUGCAAGAAAGGGUAAGCCAUCUUGAAUUACAAACCAGUCUAUCAAUUGAGCGAUUCUUUUUAACUCAACAAAGAAAAACUAAAAUGGAUUUUCAUAUCUGUUGUUGCAGUUUUCAUUGUAUAAAGUCCCUGCAGAAAAAUGGGAUGAGCAAAAGUAUUUCAUGUGCUCAAUACCUCUCUCCUACUCAGAUCAUAGAUGCACAAAAUGGUUGCCUUUAUGCUCUAUAGAGUUUACAAAUGUAGAUUCUAAAGAUACGUUUCUUUAAACGGACAGUAAUGAAUAAAAUAGCUAAUUUGACUUUCCAUAUAACAAUGCCCUCGUUUAUAAUGCAGCAGGCAUUUCCUAGUCCUGUUCUUCCCCCUAGUGUCUAAAUUUGUACAUGGAUUUAUUUCUCUGCAUUUCCUCUAAACUCUGUGUAGGAAUUUAUGGGAGAAAUCCAGUCUAUGCAUACUUUGUUCUAAAAUAGAGAUGAUUGGAGCCUGGGAAUGUACAAGUUGUUAAUGUUAAUGCAUUAUUAAGGAGUAAAGCAGGGUGAUUAGUGUGUACUUGUUUGGAAAAGUCACUUUCUAGGUGCACAUUAUUGAUAAAGAGUGUUGGCACCAUCAGAAAACUUUGAUUGUAGCUCCCUUUCUGGAAUAAAUUUUACCUUGUGCGUGAUGAUUUUUAUUUAAAAUUACACAUUUGGAUAAUAUUUAAUUUAACUUUUGAGCCCCUUAAGGACACACAACGGAAAUAUUCCGUCAUGAUUCCCUUUUCUGAUGUUGUGUCCUUAAGGGGUUAAAUAGGAAGGCGAUGUGUGUUUGGGAUGUUAUUGCCUAAUUUCAAUGACCUUGUAAGGACAAGAGGCUGUGUGCUUAUUUAUAUCAGACUUUAACAAUAAGUGUGCAUUUAUUGAUUGUGAUUUAAAAAAUAUCUAUAUUUGUAUAUCUUUAUUUAUUGAAGAGCGCUCUCAGGUGGACCAGCUUCUAUCUAUCUCGUUAAGAGAGGAGGAGCUUAAUAAUUCCCUGCUUGCAAUGGAUAAUAGCCUUCUUCAAGCCCGUGCUGCACUUCAAGCUGCUUAUAUGGAGGUUCAGCACCUACUUGUCCAAAAGCAACAGGUAUUGUCUCAUUUACUUUAUUCAGUAAUGCACCAUUCAUUAUUGGACACAUUCAGAACAUGUUGGGUAUUAAUAUGUGAUGUAUACAUUCGAUUGGUGAGAUUUUCUAGGAAAUAUAUUGAUUUGUGAAAGCAACUGUUGGACUUGCCACAUUUGUUAUGAUAUGUACGUUAUGACAGAUUCACCGUAAUGGAAAUAAUGAACUAACAGUGCACAAAUCUUGAACAUCCAUAUUUUUAUAACUAAUAAGGUCAGUCCAGUGUAUGCAGAAAUGUUUAAUGAAAAUGAUUGGCCUUGGUCCUUCUAGUUUUCUGUUUUAUUUAAGCCCAUUCUCACGAUUAAAGGAGAAUAUUGCCCACAAAAGAAUAUUUAAGAUAUUUAAAAUGUAUAAGCAAUAAGCCCUAGAAGAUAAAUGUUUUUUUUGCUAGGAGUAACCCAAUUCUGGUCAGUGUGAUCAAUAUAAAGUUCAUUUAUUUCCAGAGGAGGCAGCAACUGGUGCCCAGCAGACCCCAGAUAAGUUGUCAAACCAUUCUCAGACAGUUUGACUACUUACCCCGGGUGUGCACCAUCACUCUUAAAACUACUCCGCUAUGCUGUAGUGGUUAUGGAAAUUGGUGUUGUUCCUUUAAUGAUGUAAAACAAACUGUGGGUUUAAGCUUUGAUCACCAAGAAUAGGGGCCAAAAGGUAGAUACCCACCUUUGCUAUAAUGCUAGAUCUAAUGUUUUGGCCACCCGUGACCAAGUAUCUAGUGUGAGACAAAUCCAGACAAAUGUAAGACCGUGCUCUUUCACCUGCAAAAAUGUUUAGCAAUGAUUUUCACAAUGUAACAUUUUUUACUCAGAUAACAAUGGAAAUGAGUACAUUGAGAACACAGAGAAUACAGAUUUUACAGGGCCUUCAAGGUAAUGUUCUCCUGCAUCAUAUUAUGUUUGUUUGUUGAGAACGCAUUGUGUUUAUGGUCUGUUUUGCAACCUUUGAUGUAAACCAUUGUGUCUACAGUCUGCUAUUCAAUAUCAAAACCUUCAUCUUUAAAUAGGGACCUAUGAACCAGCCAGCGAUAUCACAGAAGAAACAAACACUAGUUUGCCACAAGCACCUGUGCCACCUGGGAAUGUUUUUUCUUUUUUCUUGGAGACUCCACAUUAUCUGUCUUCUAACGCACCAGCAGCAAGUACCGCCCUACAGACUCCAGCACGGAUAUGCACCCCGCCUUCAUUCAAUUCGGCACCUGCUGUUCCUGAUUCAUCUGUAGCAAUCAAACAAGAGCGGUGUACACCCGAGAUGAGAGAGGAAAACAUGGUCACAUCACCUGUCCGGGCGGUGACGUCUCCAGAGGCCAAUGGUACAUCUUCUUCAUGGAACCUAUUCUGCAGCACAAAACCGUUUUACUUAUUGUUUGUGCCUAACAAGUUAAUUAUGCUGAGGUUUUGUAUUUGUUUCCAAAUUUAUGAGAAACAAUGGCAAAAUUAAACAUUUAUAUUUAAAUGGACACUCCAGGCACAGUAACUACUUCAUUGCAAUUAAGUUGUUAUGGAGAGAGAAGGUCCCAAGUUGUUAUAGUUCCCAAAAGGGCCCUUAAAUUUUUUUCGUGUAACUUGUAUGUUUACUGUGUGUUAUCAUCAGAGUACAAUCAAAAUACACUAACCUAACAAUACAGAAUGUACACAUAGAUCAAAUUACAUAUUAGAAAUAUGAGGCAAUAACUGGUUGAUAAACUGAUUGCAACUGCUAAACUGUACCUAAUUAUAAAUAGCAUCACAAUCAAGUCUCUGUUAGUGGUCACUUGCAAAAAAAAAUAUAUUGGUAUACAAAAAAGUUAAGUCAAACCAGACAAGCAUGGGACCCUCUAGGUGAGGAAUGCUCACGGUAAAGAUAAAUCUAAAUUCAGGUUUCGUCCACUUCUGCAUCUAGAGGGGCCCCUAGCGAUGAGGUAUAUGCCUAGAACCUAAUAAUUGCUUUGGGCAUGUUAAGAGGUGUCCAUGUUGUCAUUGGCUUGUUGGACAUUCAGAACUGGCUACGUUCCAUAGUGCCCAAGGAAUUUUGAGAAUAGACAAAGAGCCUCUAUAGUGCCCCAGGUUUAUUUUUUGCAGGAGGAUGGACUGGACGAUCUUCUGCAGAAAUGCAAUUCUUAAUAUUUUCUGUAUAGAGCCUGCCAAAAAGUAGCCUAAUGUAAGUGAGGAGAGACCACCAUAGGAGUAGACUUUCAGCACACAGACUUUUCUCUUCUGUCUGAGUAUAGCCCACUUUAUCCCAUAUGGCCUAACUUUAGGGAGAGUUUUUUUUUUACUUUUUGUGUUUUGUUUGUGUCUUAUUAUUAUUAUUAUUAUUAUUAUUAUUAUUAUUAUUGUAAAUGCUUUGUAAGGGAUUUUAGUAGCAUUUGUUUUUCUCUCCUCUUUUUUUUUUUUUUUCCUUUUCACUUCAUAGGUGAGGCUGAACAGCCUACAUCUGUGUAUCCCAUCAUUACAGCUACGAUGUCCCUUUCAGAGCUGACCAGCGGAUUUCCGCUGUUAAAUCGAGAGGAAUCUAUUGAUAGGCCUAGUAAUUCAGAUGUUCAAUCCCUAUCACAGAUCCAUUCAACAGACAACAUAAAGCAAAAUCAUAGCAGCUCUGAGGUUGAGGUCGUCUCACUUCAAGACCAUAUGCAUAACGAAACUGCACCUUUUGUUAUGUCUUCACAAGAAGCAAAUAACUGUUUAGCUAGUCCACCAGCAGAGCAACAAGCAGAGUCAACUCUUCAAAUUAUUGAAACAAAAAUAGGAAAGAAGAAAAAAAAAUUAAGGAAAAAAAAGACCUUAAGAGCUGCUCAUGUUCCCGACAACAGUGACACAGAACAAGACACCUGUUCCUUGAAACCAUUAAGGAAAGUUCGAGGUCGCAGAUAUUCUAAGGAAGCCACAGUUAGCACUUCCACUUCUCUAGAACAGGACCAUGAAGUCACGGUUCAAGACGCAGAGACAAACAAAGGGGAUAAUGACAGUGAUUCUGAGGUGGAACUGGUGGAAAUUCCUACUCAGCAGUUUGAGGUGGUAACUAUAGACUCUCAUUUUGAAGAUGACAAACCAGACAGCCCAUCUAAAAUGAAUAUUGUGAACUCAAGCAAAGGCCAUUCAGAGGUAUAUGAUGAAGUAACAUCCACCAGUGAACUUUGCACAGGCUACAUGGACGAAAGUAUGCAAGAGUGAGUCAUUUUACAUAUAGAGAAUCGUGGUAUAAAGUACAAUUCGGUUAGAACCGGUGAAUAUUAAUGUUAUUUUACCAGAAACUGUUCAGGCUGAAACCUUUCUUCCAUUUUAAAACAUAGGGGGUAAUUUAUUAAAGGGUUUAUUUCAACCAAAAAACAGUGUUUUCAUAAACACUUAGUGUAGUGGUCCUACAAUACACCCCUGUUUCAUGGCAGAGUCCAAGUUCUCCCCUUAUCCUGAUCCUCCUUGGCAGACGUCAUUCCCCAUCGCCGGAGGAGGGAGGUCGGGGAGGAGAGGCGCUUUCAAGUAAUAAUCUGUCCAAACAGAUUUGAACAAAAAGUUGAACUGGCCCCCAUAGACAAUAGCACCAACGGCUAUAAAGAGCUGUAGUGUUCUUUAAAUAUGACUUCUCAUAAAGACGUAUUUAAACAUAAUGUAACAAAAAUGACAACCUUGUAUCAUCUGGAUUGUCUUCAGAGUUUCUACAGUAAACAUACAUUACUGUUCCCCUCUCUUUUAUGUGAUGAACUAUUGCAGACUGUCCAACAGGUCUGCAUUCUGUGGCAAUUCUCAGAAUCAUCCACAGACAGAGAUUCAGUUGUAUCUCAUGCUUUUGAUUUCUAUUUCUUUACCACGCAGCAUCGUUAAUAACCAGGGAGCAUCACUGCAGUCAAAGAAUUCUUCAGGUUAGUAUUUUUUGUUGUUGGGUUUUGUUUUUUGUAUGGGGCUUAUUUUUUUGUGGUGCUGGAGUGCUUUUCCUUCUAGUAAAUCAAGUUUCUCUUUAUUAGAAGUAUCCUCUGAACCUGGAGAUGAUGAGGAACCCACAGAGGGACGUUUUGAAGGACACAGCGCUUCUGUCAAUGCCAUCCAGAUAUUUUCUGGCUUGCUAUACACCUGCUCUGCAGACAAAACUGUCCAUGCCUACAAUAUUGUGGUGAGUUGAAACUUACAAUUUGUUCCUGGUUCUUAGUUUUCUACAAUGAAGUAUUUGCCCAGUGACUCCAGGCUUUUGAUGUCUCACGCUUUUGUUGCCUCAUUGAAUUAAUAAACAAAAAUAUUUUUCAUUUUGGAAUAUUUAUAGCAGACACAUGAAUUGUGCAACUGAUCACUAACAAGGAGAAUGAAGCUAGGGCAAGUAAUAUGUUGCUUCUGAAAAUUACACACAUCUAACUUAGACACAGGAUGAUCUUUCACUUGAAACACCAACAUAUUUCUGACCCUGUGCAGCACUGCCCCAGGAAGCACCCCUCGUAUCAAUCUGGGAAGUGGCCACUGGAGGUGUUCCUAGGCCUUUUCUCUGAAAAGACAGUGUUCACUGCACAAAGCCUGCAGGGACUGACUGUACUUACCAGAACAACUACAUUAAGCUGUCGUUGUUCUGGUGACUAUAGUGUCCCUUUACGCCUGUCUAGUUUAUUUACUAAACUCUGAGUUGUGGAGAAUUGACUAAGGAGUUAUGAAUGCUAUGCCAAAACAACAGAGUUGAGAAAACCACUUGGAGAAUUUUUCCAAAUAUGAAAGUUGUCCCAAGUUUUGCAGUUGCCUUCUCAGUGAAAUUCCUGGUUUAUUGAAUAACCAUAUAUACCCACACCGUAUUACUUUGUCAUACCAAGAUAAACAUUAAUUUUGUAAUUAAGCGGUUUCUAGGAUGCGUGACCUGUUAAUUCGUAUUGGGUCUUUAGGGAAGAAGUCUUUAUGCUUGGGCAAAGUUAACCUUGUUCAAUUUAUGAAAGAUGAGUUGGUCAGUCAAAUAAGACCAACUUAAAUCAAUUUUAACAGUGUUAAAGUUUUUUGUUUUUUGUGUGUUUUUUUUUUUUUUUUUUUUAAACCUUUAGGUCUUUUUCAGUAAGAAUUGUACUCACUGCUUUUAAAAUAACAGGGCUUGUAUUUUUAAUUUGUAAGACUGUUCUGUGAUUGUAAUUGAUGUGAAGCACGCUGGCUUGUGCUUUUUUUUUUUACAAUCCAAGCUGUUGGAAACAAAAUUAAGAUCUUUGUCUACUUGGCUGUCUUUCAGACCCGGCAAUGUGUGGGCGUCUUUGAAGGGCACACAUCAAAAGUGAAUUGUCUCCUUGUAACUCAUACGCAUGGGAAGUCUUCAAUGCUUUUUACUGGAUCUAGUGACCACACCGUACGAUGUUAUUCUGUCAAGGUAUUGUAACCAUAAAAUACUCUCUCUCUUUUAAACAGAGCAUGUCUAUAAACUAAAUAUUAAAGGGACACACCAAGCACAGUAACUGCUACAGCUUAUCGUUUCAGUAUACAAUUAUUUAGAUGUGUGCUCACACUAUACAGCGAUAGACUCUGAACACUGGUGUAAAGCAAGAUAUUGCUGAUCAGCCCCUCUGGUGCAGCCAAGUCUUGAUUGAGCCUUUCAGUCCCUCAGGAUCCCAGUCUGUAAAGGUUGCAGACAAUCUGGCCAAGUGUGGAAGGUUUGUAAUGAUCAGGCACUGCCGUAUCCUGUUAACCCCUUGUGUUAAGAAUGUUUUAACGUGUGCUUAUGCUGUAUUAUUAUUUUGGUCAUCUCAUACAGUGUAGGUCAGCUUUGGAUACCUGGGUAAACAUUCAGUAUUUUUUUUUUUUUUUUAAACCACUUGGAAACGAUUUGAUACAAACUAGAGUGACUGCGCCCAUAGCUUUCUUGAACCAUAACCCAUACAAUAACUCAGACUAGUUACACUGAUUGAAGAGUCCCUUUAGCCCAAUCAGUUAUAUAUAUUAAAAUGGUUGGCUAAUGUAAAUUCUGUGCACGUUUCUAUGUACAGAGACUCCUUCAUUUGCUGAAAGCAGUCAGCUGAUGCUCUUAUCCAAUGAAUGACCUGCAGGAUUGGUAUCCUUCUGCAGCUCUGCACAAGCUGGAUGUCAUAAGCCUGCUGUAACGGACCAUUUUGCUCACCAGAGGUUAAAAACCGUUUAGGCGAUAUUCCCCUUUCUCAGCUACACCGACAGCUACUGUAAGCACCGAUCUCCCGAACUGGAAACACAUGAACACUGGAAAUAUCCGAACAGGAAAACCAUACGAAAGGGUUACACUCCUGGCAGUCAGCAUACCAUAAAUCCUCCCCCAAUAAUGAGAUGACACUUCACUUUGAGGGUUAAGCAGGAACUCAAGAUUUAUUCACACAACCUCCUUUUAAGACAUUCUCCCAUGCAAGAGAGGGAUUUACAAUAAUUAUUAUUAUAACAGCCAAUAAUGUACCAGUUACCUCCCACACAUCUCCCCUUAGUGUGACACAUAAUCCCAUUAGUACAGACACAAAUUCCCUGGGUUACUGGAUGUACCCCUAAACAUAGGGUUACCCCUUUAAAUGUUACAUCCCCUGGUAGCCCUGAUCUGGGUGAGACACAUAUCCAAAAAUCACCCAGAUCGGACCAGGGGUUCGGGAAUUAUGGAGGGUUCAAGUUUUGACCGACUGCAUGGCAAAAGUAUCCGAAAAUAGUUCCAUGUAUUUUGGCCCUGCAGUCGGUCACAGAAAUGGGAAUGAAAACACACGAAUUGCCUGGGUUAUAGAGCCUGGGGAGGGUUUAAAUGAAUUCCCUUGUUCGUGGGGUUCUUUCCACACGAAUUCAUGGAAGUCUGGAGGUCUCAGCAGUGUUUGCCUAGUCGAGUGUCCGAUUUUAGUUCCAGACACUCGAUGGCAAAACACCGCUGUUCGGGAGUUUAAGAUGGCCGCCGCCAUGUGUUCGUUUCCCGAAUGGCGGCCACCCAGAGGACAAAACCACACAUUACAUCGAUUGCCAAUUACCCGUUUGCAACAUUGUUGCAAACAGUAAUUGGAGGCACACUUACUCCAGGGUGGUCUGGUUGUUCGGUAGUUUCACUCAAUAUAAUGAAUAGAGUGAUUCUACCGAACAAUCAGACGAAUGCUGCAUACACAUAACACCGUUUACCGAACACAUAAUAUUAAAUACAGCCUGAAUGCAAUCUGCUACACAGUCUUAAAUGUCAUUGUUCCUAACAGUCAUAAUAUGUCCACGGAUGGCCCUUAAAGGGCCAGUAGCAGCAAUAUAAAAUACCACAUGCCCAAAUAUUGCAUUCAAAUGUACAAAUUCACCAGGGGCCAUAGUCAGCAGGUAGGAGGCGGGCAGCCAGGCCUCUCCAAUGUCCAGUGGCGAGGCAGGUUCCGCCACACCUGCCAUCAGAGGAGACCAGGCGCCUGGCAGUGACUUAAGAGGGCAAACCAUUAUUACUGGGCUAUGGCACCAGGGUACACUUGGCAUUAUAACCACUACAGUGGGAAAUGUUGGGUGAUAACCUCCAUAUUGCUGUAUAAAAUAGCAUAAAGUCGUGUCUAUGCUCCAUUCCUUGUCUUGUUUUUGAAUGUGGUAUAUUGUGAUGUGUGAAAUCUGCCGUGUACAAAAUCUGCUGCUUUAUUGAUUGACAAAAUUAAUUGUAUGAAGUACUUCAUUGUAUAUACUUGCAUUGUUAUGAAAAGUGCAUAAUGUGCCAGAGUUGUACUAGCCAAAUAGCUACAAUGGCUUACAGUCCACACACACAGUAGUAGUGCACGAUUUUAUCUUAAAAGUCUACUUAAAGUCCCUUUCAAGUAAGACACAUGUUGAUUCAGUAGCAGCAUAUUUCCUUAUUGUGUCACGUCCACCACUAAAUCAAAGUGUGCUUUAGUAAGCUGUCACAUAGAGGGGAAUAUGCCAGGGCUUAUUCCAGAUGAUGUUGGAUAUAAUGCAGGUACUUUCAGGUAGGUGUACAUCCAUGGUUGUAAGUGGACAUUGAGUUCUCUUUUUAUAAAAUAGUCAUUAAGCUGUUUGUGUUCUUUUCUUGGCAUAGAAAAGCAGAUUAUUAGCAGAUUAAUGCAUGGGCGAGAUCCUUUUUUGUGGAGAUCGAUUUCAAGAUAGAUGUACUUUUUACAUUUUAUGUGUAGACCCAGGAGUUUGUUGAGCAGCUGAAUCUUGGUGAAAGAGUCCUGUGUCUACAUGCACGCUGGAAAAUCCUCUAUGCAGGGCUUGCCAACGGGACAGUGGUCACGUUUUCCCUUAAGGUAAGUGUUGUGCCCCCCUUUCCCCACCCGUAAAAUAACUUUUUUCUAACCCUUCCUGAUUUUGUACAUGAACAUUCCAUUGCAUUUAUAUUUUGUUUUACAUUUAUGCUUUCAUAAUAAGCAGUCUGUAUCAGAUAAAUUAUUUUAGCAGUCAGUUUGAGAUUUGUGAGCAGGUAAGCUGGGAACUGGAGUUUGUAGCUUUUCAGAAUUGGAGAAGUUAUUUUUUAUAAAAAUCUUCAAAACUAAAGCAACAGUUAUGAGAAAACAAGACUAAUGCUAUCCUGUAAUGACUGAAAUAUGACACUUAAUAGACUUAUUUAAAAAGUCUACCACAAUUCAAUCAUGCGCUAAUUUUAGCCUGUGAAAUCAACAUUCCAUAUCCAGGGAAAUAAUACAGUGCAAAGCAAAGGUAGAUAUACGGUGUGUGUAUAUAUCUAUCUCCUUGCUUUACACUCUAUUAUUAGACUGUUAGUCCAGUGAUGCAGACUUAAAAUCAGAGAUGAAAUUCAGAUCUUGUAAUACCUUUUAUUAUUGGACUUACAGAAUUUUGGAAUGACAAGCUUUCGGGAGAACGUCCCUUUCUCAAGUCUAAAGCAUUCUGAUCAUAUUGUACAGCGUUUCACACACACAGUUCAUGUUUUAAUGGCUUUCAUUUAACAAGAAUGCUCAGAGUUUUCAAUGCUUCUCUGAAAGUUUGGCUCGCCUUGCACUACAUUUCCCUUAGUACUCUGCAGACACCUGUUCCUUUAAUAUUUACCAGACACAGGGAAGCAAACAGCUGAAAGGCAAUUGGAAGCCUGUGUCCUAAAUUAAAGCUUAGAGAUAAGGUUGUAGGGUUGGUUGUCCACAAUGCCUUUCAACAAAGGAUUCAGUUCCAUAAUAAAGAAACAAACAAAAAAAACACACCUAUCAUUGUGAAUACGGUGAGAUAUUGCAAUCCACUGGGGGGUGGGGGGUUGUGACCCUAAGCUAUAUCACUGUCUAUGUGUUACUACAUUGAUAUUGUAUUGUAUACUACUACACCAAUUACCUGGUAUCUGCCAGUGGAAUGACCUCCUUCCUGCUUUGUUUGGGGCGAUCCUGAUGCUGCUGUAUUUUAAGUUUCUAUAGUGGUCAUCAGGUAUCUUCAUUAAGUAGUAUUUUUCAUUUAUUCUACCCCCUCUCCCCCCAUCUUUUUCAAGAACAACAAGCAGCUUGACGUGUUUGAGUGUCAUGGUCCUCGGGCAGUUAGCUCUUUGGCAACAGCACAAGAGGGCAGUCGUAGACUGCUUCUUGUAGGAUCCUAUGAUUGUACCAUCAGUGUCCGGGAUGCUCGGAAUGGUCUUCUGCUUCGUACACUGGAAGGACAUACCAAAACUGUUCUCUGUAUGAAGGUGAGGAGAUACUGUUGCAACAAUGUCUGAAUGUAAAUAUAAACCCUGCAGUGUUGCUGUGUGUUUGUGUGUGUGUGUAGCAGUAUGGAUAAAAUACUUUAGCGUGUGUUUGCUCGUACGGCAAUUCUCUGUAGAUAAUUUGCUUGUUUAGGUGUGGAGAUUGUGUCCUCUUUGUAUAAAAAAAAAAAAAAAAAAAAGUGCAGGUAUCAAUAGCAAUUGCCACUUUUAUAAAUAAACUUUGUUCACCCCCCUGGCUGUCAGACAGCUAGUCCUAUUUCAUCCUGUUUAGCUAAAUUAAAGAGUCAGCAAUUGCCCACAGCACCUGCCUUGCAAAAACCUCUCAUAGCGCUGCAUUGAGAAGACUGUGAUUAGACAGACACAGAAAGUCUGGGCAAGAUUAGAAGGAUAUGGUUUGCAAAGGCAGCAGACAAGAGCUCUGCAGCUUUUACAGGCAGUUUUUAGAUAUACCCCCCUAUGAAAAACGUAUAAUUAAAUGCAAUGCAUAUUUUCAUUUGGGAUAUAUCUACUAAACAGUGAUUUUGUUUGUGUAUGUGUAGGCAGUGGACUGUGUCUUUAAGUGCAUUUGUUUUACUUACCUCCACAGAACUACUUAUGCAAUUCAAAUGUUUACUGGGGUGAGUAAACGGAACACACUGUGCUGGUCUGAUUUUUUUUUAAAUUUUUUUUUUAAUGCAAGCUGUGUGAGUCAGUCAGGAGAGGUGUGCCUAGGACUCCAUAAAAAGGAACAGUAAUAGCCUAAAUGGCAGGGCAGUGAGCAGUGAGACUGCUCUAAAACUGCUACAUUAGGCUGAAGUUGUUUUGGUGCUUAUCAACACAGUAAAGGAGACCCUAUUUAAAAGAAGAAAAACUACCACAACAAGAGGACAUAGUCUUAAAUUAGAGGGACAAAGGUUUAAAAAUAAUAUCAGGAAGUAUUACUUUACUGAGAGGGUAGUGGAUGCAUGGAAUAGCCUUCCAGCUGAAGUGGUAGAGGUUAACACAGUAAAGGAGUUUAAGCAUGCGUGGGAUAGGCAUAAGGCUAUCCUAACUAUAAGAUAAGGCCAGGGACUAAUGAAAGUAUUUAGAAAAUUGGGCAGACUAGAUGGGCCGAAUGGUUCUUAUCUGCCGUCACAUUCUAUGUUUCUAUGUUUCUAUUCUCCCUUUAAGUGGAUUCUGAUUUCAAGAGAGUGCCAAUCAAUCAACAUAAUCAACAUUUCCCCAUUGCUGCAUAAUAUAAACAUAAUUUUAACGAACGCUGUGAAUUUUAGGGUACUGUAUGGUGCGUCAGAGAUGAAAAGCUGUUGGUGACUAUAUUUGACCUUUUCUAUAUCUAGGCAUAUUUAUUUUUAUUAGAAUAUCUAGAUAGCAUGCGAAUCAAGUCAGUUUUCUACAUUGUUAUCUUUAAAAUGGUAUGGGGGAAAAAAUAAUUAUGGUUUUCCUUUAAUCACCCCCCCUUUUUUCUCAACAGGUUGUCAAUGAUCUCGUGUUCAGUGGAUCCAGCGAUCAGUCAGUCCAUGCUCACAAUAUCCAUGUAAGUUAAGUAGAUAUUUUAAGGAAAAAAUACAAACUAACAAACGACUGCAAUAACAAAUUUAUAAACCUGUGCCACCUUACACGGAGUGCAAAAAAUGGGUUCAUAGCAAAUUUCUGUCGUAAAAUUCAUAUGUUUGUAAUUGGUAGCUAAGCUAUUACAAUGUAAAAUAUAAUGUCCCCCUAAACAUAGUACAGUGUAGACUUAUGGCAGUGUUAUCUGCACUCCCUUUACAUGUAUUUGUUAACAGUAUUUCAUAGAAACAUUUGCUUGUGGUUAACAUUCCCCCCUUCAUACUUUACAUUACUUAAGGGACCUUCUAAGCACCAUAAACAGUACAGCUUACUGUAGUGGUUGUGGUGCGAAAAGUCUUUGGGUUUACUUUGGUAAUUUUCCCACUGUGGAUAUAAAGUGUGCAUGCUGAAAUGCUGACAUAUAAAUUGUGGAUGCAAAUCCAGUUACUGACGCUGUCUGUUGAUUGGCUAGCUACACACUCCCCAACAUGGUUCACCAUGAGCAGUGCUAGGGAUAAUUGAAGAAUAAAGUUUUUGUUUCUGUUCGAUUUAUAAGGUUUAGUGCCUCUUUAAUGGUUAUUGUUCCAGCAUAUGAAAGGUAUAUACCACUUUGAUUGUCUGAUAAGAGGAUUUUCUCAUUUCUGUAUUGUCUUUCCUCUUUUAGACUGGAGAAUUAAUAAGAAUUUAUAAAGGUCACAACCAUGCAGUUACAGUGGUUAAUAUCUUGGGGAAAGUCAUGGUGACAGCCUGUUUGGAUAAAUUUGUUCGUGUUUAUGAACUGCAGGUAAGCAUCCCACAUUAAAGUUUAUCUAUAAAACAAAAAAACAAAAAAAUAGUAUUCGUGUAAAAUGUCUUUACAGAGUCGAUGUCUGUGUGCAGUAAUAUUUACUAAUAGUUAUAUGACCAUUUUGUAUGAAUUUUAGUAAUAAUUAUGGACAAUAAAAAAACUACAGACUUGUUUAACAUUUAGAGGGCGUUCUCCUGCCAAUCAGUUUACUUGUAGAGCAGGCUCCUCCCGGUCAUUGUAACGUGUAGAGCAGGCUCCUCCCAGUCAUUGUUCUUGGAGAGCAGGCUCCUCCCAGUCAUUGUAACGUGGAGAGCAGGCUCCUCCCAGUCAUUGUAACGUGGAGAGCAGGCUCCUCCCAGUCAUUGUAACGUGGAGAGCAGGCUCCUCCCAGUCAUUGUACAUCGCAGAUAGAGUAGCAGAAUCCAAUAUCUGUCACCAUAAGUAAUCUAGUAUCCAGAGAGCAUUUAUUUUUCCUGAUAUACUGUAAUUUAAAGGGACAAUCAGUUUUCCUGGCACUGCAGGUCCUUUCUCCCUCCCACUUCCCAUCCCCGGUUGCUGAAGGGGUCAAAACCAGAGGCAGCGACGAUGUCCCUCUGCGCCGCUUCUUGGUCCGCCCACGCUCCUCCCCGUCAGCCGGCGGGCAAUGCCGCGCACGCGCAUUAGACCCCCCAUAGGAAAGCAUUGAAGAUACUUUCAAUGCUUUUCUAUGGGGAUUUUAAUGGACGCUGGAGGUCCUCACAUAGCGUGAGGACGUUCAGCGACGCAGAAGCACAGAAAAUCUGUACUAUAAUCCCAGAAGUGCCCUCUAGUGGCUGUCUAGUAGAGGAGGAGUUAACCCUGCAAGGUAAUUAUUGCAGUUUAUAAAAACUGCAAGAAUUACAGUUGCAGGGUUAAGGGUAGUGGGAGGUGGCACCCAGACCACUCCAAUGGGCAGAAGUGGUCUGGGUGCCUGGAGUGUCCCUUUAAGUAGACUUUUUGGGUGUUUCGAAGAAAAGAUUUUUAAAAGUUUACUUCUAUAUGUAUUUGCUUCAUGAUAGAAAGGCUAUUGCUAAAGAUACCAUAUGGAAAAUAUUAAAUGAAGACUCCACAAACCAUAACCUUUACAUUAUUGAUUAUGGUGCGCUGGCUCCCCCCCAGUGAAAUUUGGCAAAAUGUUUUGGGACACUGCAUCAGAUCUUCUCCUGCAGGACAAAGCCGAAGGUCGUCAUUGAGCCAAGCCUGGCCAAUCCAGGACCACAGCCAUUGUCUGAGAUAUGUUUUCAGCAAAUGAGUGCAGUCCUGCUUUGCUCAGUGGAGCUAACCAGAUUCUCCUACCAGGCGUGUUGGACAAAUUACACUGGAGGGUGUCAGGGCGCUUCUAGCAACAUAACCAUUAAGCAGGCUGUAGUAAUUAUGGUGCUUGGAAGAUUCCUUUAACUUUGUAAAAUUAGCAUUUCCAGUUAUUUAUUGAAACCCUUCUUUGAUGGGUGGGAGAGUCCUACUACACACUCAAACAUAACUUUUGUUAGUUUCUCUUCAUUGCUUAAAUAUUUUUCUAAAGGUUUAGGCAGUAUUUUAACCUAUACCUUUUCCUUUAUUUGACCUUUAAAACACUCCUAAAACACACCGUUUAGAGCAACAGGUCUUAAAACCUCUUAACGUGUUUUCGUGUAUUUAUUUUGUUACUUUACAACCUGUGUGCACAAGGUCUGUUUGAAUUCCUCCAUUUCGCUUUCGUAGAAUUUGCUGUGAGAUUUCUAUUUGUAAUUUAAAGGGACAUCAGUAAAUUUUUUCAGAUAAAUAUAUUGAUUUAUGUCUAGUGAUGUCCCGAACGGUUCACACGGACGCAUCAUUGAGUAAACUUUGACCCUGUACCUCAUAGUCAGCAGACACAUUCCAGCCAAUCAGCAGCAGACCCUCUCUCCCAGACCCUCCCACCUCCUGGACAGCUCACUAAGAAUGCAGCUUCAGAAUGAAUGUAAAAUGGAUGCUGUCUAGGAGGUGGGAGGGUCUGCUGCUGAUUGGCUGGAAUGUGUCUGCUGACUGUGAGGUACAGGGUCAAAGUUUACUCAAUGAUGAGUCCGCGGCGAACCGUUCGGGACAUCACUAUUUAUGUCUACAUAUGUGAUGGUAAAAAUAUGUCCGUGUCAAGAAGCCAGCCCGUCGAUAAUUUUAUAAAUGUCUAUUAUUUGCUGACCAUUUAUCCUAAAUAAAAAGUGAGUUGUUUUUUUUGUUUGUUUUUUUUUUCUUCCUAAAGUCUCACGAUCGUUUGCAAGUAUAUGGUGGACACUCAGAUAUGAUCAUGUGUAUGGCAAUUCACAAAAGCAUGGUGAGACUCUGAAAGUUCUUUGAUUUUUUUUUUUUUUUUUUUAUUAUAAAUAAUAUAUGAAUAAUUGUUAUUUCACUAGAUGGUUACAGGGCUGUUUCGUGGUGGUUUUCUAUUCUGAUUAAAAUAUAAAAUAAGAUUGAUAUAAUCAAUGGAUGAAUUAACUACACUAGUGCAGAAUACUUCAUACCAUAAAAUCGUGGACCAUUUUACAGAUCAAGGGCAUAACUCCGCAUGUGUUAAGUGUUGAGAAUGUUUGUGUUCUCUCUUUCCUCGUUGAAUAUAAGCUUUGCUUUUGAUGUCUUUUUUUCAUUCACUAUUCCAUUUUUUACGCUCUGCUCUUUCUUUUCCUGAGUCUAUUUAUAAGCACCUUGUUAUUGUGUUUUUUUUUUUUUUGAUGGGCUGCUGAAAGAGGCCACUGCCAUGAAGGGGUGUACAUGGUUUUUAAGAAUCUCUAGUUAGGUGGUGUGUGUCAAAGUAACAUCCACAUGAAUGUCGGUGUUCCCUGAUGGCAGUGGCCUCUUUCAGCAUGAUAAUGCACCUUCCAACCCUGCAAAAACUGUUCAGGAAUGGUUUGAGGAACAUGACAAAGAGUUCAAGGUGUUGCCUUGGCUUCCAAAUUUCCCAGAUCUCCAUUCAAUCGAGCAUCUGGGAUGUGCUGGAACAGCAGAUCUGAUCCAUGAAGGCCCCACCUCGCAGAUUGCAAGACUUAAAGGAUCUGCUGCUAAUACCAGAUUCCACGUAUUCAGAGGUCUUGUCCAUGCCUCGACGCAUCACAGCUGUUUUGAGAGCAUAAGGAGGACCUAUAUGGUAUUAGGUAGUGUGGUGUGUGUGUUUGAGAGAGAGAGAGGACCCAUUGUGCUUAAAUAAACACCCCAGCUUGCUGAAGUGUUUUAUAUAUGAAGGUUGUGUCUUUAAUUUUAUUUUAUUCUUCUUUCUUUUUUUUUUUUUUCUUUUCAAGUGCAGAUUUCAAUAUAAAUUUAUACUUUUCUAAAUUAACCUUGUUACACCCCUUGGCUGUCAAUUAGACAACUGCUUCUGUUACUUCCUGGUUUCAGUAGCUCAGUGCAGCUAAACUCAAGAGGCAGCAAUUGUUCAGAGCGUCUGUGAUUGGACAGCCACAGAAAGUAUGGGGAGGGCUUACAAUGGCUUCAGGAAAGAGAUCUGCAGUUUUUGCAAGCUGUAUAUAGAUAUACCCAAAUGAAAAAAUGCUUAAUAAAAUGUAUGGAUGUUUUCAUUCUGGGUAUAGCAAACAGUGAUUUUUAUUUUAUUUUGUUUAUGGGUAUUUUGCCUUCCCCAUCCAGCCUGAAUUUUUUCAUUUGUAGUCCCCGUAAUGUAAUUGAGAUUUAAUUGAAGUGUAUUUUGAACACUGUAUUGUUUUCCUUUGUGUGUGAUUUCCAAAGACCCCGCUGCUUUGUGCAAGCAGAUGCCUCUUGUUUUGAGCAUAUCAUUUUUUACCUGAUAACCUUAAAAAACAAGAAACGGUCUGCAUACUCUGCAAAUGAUGUGCCAUAAAGCAAAGAUUGCAAAUAAUGACAAAGUAGACUGCUGUAAAAUGUGAUCUGAUUGUAAAAAAAUACAUUAAAGGACCACUUUAGUGCCAGGAAAACAAACUAGUUUUCCUGGCACUAUAGGGUAAUUAGGUCCCCCCUCCCGGUGGGCUGAAGGGGUUAAAACCCUUUCAGCCACUUACCUUUCUCAAGUGCCGGGCUCCCUCGGUGCUGGGGAACUUUCCUCCCUCUGCCGACGUCCGCUUCGCAUGCGCGGGAAGAGCCAUGCGCGCAUUCAAUCCGCCCAUAGGAAAGCAUUACCUGUUUUUUUAAUUACUCAAUGCUUUCCUAUGGACGUCAGCAUCAUCUCAGUGUGAUUUUCACAGUGAGAAUCGCGGAAGCGCCUGUCGGUGAGACAGCCACUGGAGGCUGGAUUAACCCUCAGUGUAAACAUAGCAGUUUCUCUGAAACUGCUAUGUUUUCAGCUGCAGGGUUAAAACUAGAGGGACCUGACACCCAGACCAAUUCAUUGAGCCGAAGUGGUCUGGGUGCCUAUAGUGGUCCUUUAAUCCUGAUUUGUAGUAAGAUUUACAGAGAACUCCUAACAGUAACAAAAAUGUAAACCUUGCUAAGUUAAUUAAAUGUUUUUUUUUUUUUUUGUAUUUAAGUAUAUUUAAGUGUCCAUAACUAGUUACAUUGUCUUACAGAUUUAUACUGGUUGUUACGAUGGCACUGUUCAAGCUGUGCGUCUGAACCUAAUGCAGAAUUACCGCUGCUGGGUAAGGAUAAUGUUUGUUAACCAGAUGUAAAAGUAGUUCUUUUGUAAUCCUACAUAAUAGUUUAACGAUCAUUAAAUUAUUUUUGUGCACGGUGCACUGUAUAUCUUAAUUUUGUUCACCUUUGCAAAUAGGAUUCAUAAGAUGAAAUGUAAUCAUAUAAAACAUACAUUUACAAACUUAAGCUAGUUUAAAAAAAAAAAAAAAAUCUUUGAAUUUUGAAAGUGGUUUAGAAUAGAUAAAAUGUAUAAAUAUGUAUGCGCCACAAAUUUUGGAAAAUGGCAGCAAAAUAUAUUGCCAUAAAAGGCAUAUGAUAAAUAGCAUAUGAUAGGCUUAAAGGACUGCUAUAGGCACCCAGACCACUUCAGCUGAAUGAAUGACCACUAUAGGCACCCAGACCACUUCAGCUGAAUGAAUGACCACUAUAACAGAGAAACUGCUAUGUUUACAUUGAGGGUUAAUCCAGCCUCUAGUGGCUGUCUCCCUGACAGCCACUAGAGGCCGCUUCCGCAAUCCUCCAUGCGAAAAUCGCAUUGAGGACACGCUGGACGUCCAUAGGAAAGCAUUGAGCUGACGUCGGCAGGGGGAGGAGAGAUCACCAGUGCCGAGGGAGCCCGGUGUUGGAUUAAGGUAAGUGGCUGAAGGGGGGACACCUAAUAACCCUAUAGUGCCCGGAAAAAGAGGUUUGUUUUCCUGGCACCAUAGUGCUCCUUUAAGCUCACGCUAGACUCAAAAAAAAUAAAUCGGUCAACCAGAAUAAGAUACCUGAGAAAGGACUUAAAAUAAUUUAUACAAAAUUGUGAAACAAGCCAUAUGUAAGGGAAAAUGUAAAGGGGGACAAUCUGCAUAAAUUACACAGAACAAAAGAUUAGAGAGCCAGGUUAACUAUAUUAUAAGUAUGGAAACUUGUGAAGAAGCUGAGUCAGUUAGGAAGCUAGGUCUGUGCUAGGUCCAGGAACAAAGGGUACAAUUGUGUCAACAUUCCAUUUGUGGCACACCUGUAAUGGCAAGGAGUCUGGCCUGAGUCCCAAAGUAUGGAGAAAUGUAGAUGCAUCUGCAUUAUGAGUAAAGAUAUUGCCAUUCUUUACCACCAACAGCCAUUGGGGUCACCACUUUAAGGAAUCAUCUCUUUGUCACAUAGCAGCUUAAUAAGCGUGGAAUGGAUUGUCACCUGAUGACUGUUUGCUUGAAAGGUCCCUGUAGAGCAGGGGUGCCCAAAAGGUAGAUCCCCAGAUGUUCUAAAACUACAAAUCCCAUGAUGAUUUGCAUGCCUUUAGAAUGACAAAGCAUGAUGGAAGCUGUAGGUCUACAACAUUUGGGGAUCUACCUUUUGGGCACUCCUGCUGUAGAAGGUUAGGACCUUUCAGGUGGCUGCAUGGGAGAACCAGACCGCUCCCCAUGAGUACAGCCUUAUCUGCGUCUUUCAGAAGCUUGAAAGUGCAUCCCUGGAAACCUUCUGAGGACCCCUGUAGUCUUGAUCAUCCAAAAACAACUUUCCAGCAAGAGCUGUUUAGGUGUAAAACGUUGGAGAGAAGGUGACAAAGAUAGUGUGAUAAUUCUUAUUUGGAAAUAUUUUCAGGAACUCCCUUGAUUUGGAAAUUUCGGGCACAAACCCAAUCUUUUUGUGAGAAACGUGUAUUUAAGUCGGCAUCAUUAUUCUCCAGGAUGUGUAUUGCAGUAUCUGUAGCGGUUAGUGUCACUCCUCCAUAAUUACCACCAGGUCAGCCUUGAACAGUGCUUGUGGAGCUUUACUGACUGCUUUGGUGGAGUUAGCAUUAUUCUCCUGGGUUGGAGGGUUAGGAGCACUAGCCUGUACAUGUGGUGGAACUGCUGGGUCGUCUUUGAGGCUGUAGUCUUCUGAGAAGCCCAAUGAAUAGGUCACAUCAGGUGUCUUCUUCGGCAGGAUGCCAUGAAAAAGAAUUGUCCAGCACAUACACUUAUUGUGAUCCUUUAUUUGAAGGUGCCAAAAUAAAAAGGGAGCGUCUUUGCCAACCGGAAUGGUUAUUUAAAAAAAAUAUAUACAUAUUUGCUUGCUUUAAAGCAGUUUUAAACUAUUUGUCUCUCUGAUAUAGUUAUCAAAUAUAGAAAUUAUGACUUGAUAAAUGUCACUCCACACAUGAAGGCGCAUUUUAUAUUCAAUAAAGAUUAGUUUGUGUUCCCCCAUCUAAUGCAAAGCUGGUCCAGUUUAGCAAGGAAUGUGCCCACCUGUUCAGCAUCUUAAAAAUGCAAAUGGAUGAUGAUACUGCUUUCUUUUAAGCUAGGAUAUGCCUACAUCGGUAUUGCACUUGAUAUGUAACCUUCUUGGGCAAGCUCUGUGGUGUGUUGCAAGCAAACAUUUUAAAAAAUAAAGAUUUAUGGCAGAAUCCCUUUAAUAUGUAUUUUUUUGUGUUUUAGUGGCAUGGAUGCACACUUAUUUUUGGUGUUUCCGAGCACCUCAAGCAACAUCUGCUUACUGAUCACACCAACCCAAAUUUCCAGACACUGAAAUGCAGAUGGAAAAACUGUGAUGCUUUUUUCACAGCUCGAAGGGGCUCCAAACAGGUAGGUAACAAAUUACUUGAUCCAGAUGAGAUAGCUCAGUGUUUAUCACCAAAAUGUCUUUCAGUGUGUGCCUGUUUACCUUUAGUUUUCUUUUUAGUGUAGUUUGCUGUUUUUUUGUAAAUGUUAGUUUUCAUGAAACGGUUUACUAGUAUUGAAAACAAUUCCUUUACCCCUAAUAUCAUUCCUGUAACACUUAUCUGUAACCUUGGUUUUUGGUUACAAGUACUAUGAUACUUACACGUGCAGUAAAAUAGGCUUUGUUCCAUGGCUGUACACUACCCGUCCACAACGUUACUUUGUGACAGGGUAAUAGUCAGAUUGAAACUUUAUUUUACUGAUGGUUUUUGUUCUAAUCUCAGGAUGCCGUGGGACAUAUAGAACGACAUGCAGACGAAGACAGCCGAUUGAACAUGUAACCAUCAAGCACAUCGCCUCCCAUAUUGGGAAGUUUAUUUUUCCACAAACAUGAAGAGCUAUUUUAGGCGUCUAGACGUCUUUCGAUUUCUGCGCACAACAUUCUCGCAAACAUGAAAAGUGUGAAACUCCAAAACGUUACAACUUUCAAAUCACAGCACAAAAGCCACAGCUUGAAAACUUGAGCCAACUGGUAGUUUGUUUUUAUUAAUAAUAAUAUAAUUUUUUGUAAGUAUUGAGAAACCAACAUUGUUAAAUAUGGAAAAAAAUAUAUAUAUAUAUUUCCCCAUACUAACGAUUAUCUGAAUUCCUUAGGUUCUAAUAUUUUUUUUUUUUCAUGGGCACAGCAUGAAAAGAUAAAAACAAAACAAAAAGAUUAUUUUCUGUGUGAGCUUUGGUUUCCAGUGCAAAGUUUAAAACAAACUCUUUUAUAUUGGGUAAGUUGGACCUUUAUAUAUUUUCAUUACUUUUUAAUCUCUUAAAAAUUUUAUUAAAAAAACAAACAAAAACAAGACAACGAUUUUAUAUCAUUGAAUUUUUAUAGGUGUAUUCUAACCGUACCCCAUCACCUGCAGAUUUACUUUUCAAACCAAUUACAUUUUCAAUUCAAUGGUUUCAGUUUUUCCAGUUCUAAACAAGUGAAUCAACUCCGUAACCCAUCAAAUACAGUACUGCCCAUACAACACAAGUAGCAGCGGUUCAGAAGCUUUUAUCCCUUUACCAUCUGCUUGUGCCGUUAUUAUUCCCUGGUUCACUACGAUCGCUUGCAUCAAACUGUUCAUUUCUAGUUUCAUGUUAAUUCAUUAUUUCCACUUUACGAGUUUUUUUAAUUGACACUUUUUCAGAUACAAAUUCCAAACGUUCUGGAUUAUUGUAAAUAAAAUUUGAAAUAGCUGGCAAAGCAUGCAGCAUCCUUGUACUGAAUAAUUGGUUAUGAAGUUCUAAAUUCCUUUUUGGAAAAUUGUAUCUACCACUGAAUGUGUACCUAGAUUUUUAUUUGUAAAAACGUGGUACCAAGGAUUGAUUUGCAAAGCUAUUGGGGAAGAAACCGCAUAGAACCUUGAUACAUUGUAAAAAUCACUCUACAAAGACCUGUAGAUAAAAUAGGUUACUGGUUGUGGCAUCGUGUAAAUCACACUUUUUUGGGAAGGAGGGGUUCUUUUGUGUUCGUGAGUGGCACGUGUCUUUCUAAUGACUAAAAUAGAGGUUGUGCCAUGAUAUGCAUAUCAUAUUAAUGACAAUAGUAGAAUUAAGACUGCUGUAUGUCAUUUGAAAUUUCAACCAAUCAGAGUUAUUUACUAAUACCGGAAUAGUGGAGAGCUGAGAAUGGAUUUGCAACGUUUAGGCCAAAAUCGAGAAGAUUUCUCCACCUUGAAUAACAUUUGCAAUUUCCUCGGUCACCUGGUCAGUUGCCAGUUUAGUGAUUUAUCUGAAACGUUGUUUGCACAGAGUGAUAUCCAGGUUUUAUUGGGGAGAUUUUAAAUUGCCUCCUUUGAUGUGCACCCUUUUUGAGCAGUAACUCUUUGAGUGACAGUGGCAUGGGACACACCUGUCACUAAAAGGGUUUGAACUUUGAUAACGCUGCAUGAUGUAUUUGUCAUCAUGUGUUUUGGAAUGCGUAACCAACUGUAUUCUGUGUCCUGAUUGCAACUGGUUAGUGCAUGCAAGAUAUGUACAUAUGUGAUGAUCAGCGUGUUUUGGAGCAUGUUAAUACUUCGUUGGACAUCUAUCAGAAGCUCAGGGUACAGCAUGUUCAAUAAUUCGCAAACCUUCCUGUGAAACGUGAUGAAGAUAAUUAAGAAUGUAUUAUUUAGUUUGGGUUUUGUUUUUUUCUUUUUGUGAAUGAAUGUUUGUGCUGUUUUUUUUUUUUUUUUUUAUAUAUCUUUGUUUAUGCACAAUAAUGGAUGGUAGUGGGUUUGCUGUUAUCUUAUGAUUUAAGCUCCGGUCAAAACUGCGCGCAGGUUUCUCAAGAAAACAAUUAUAAAACUGGCUCAACAUAUUUUUAUCUGAUCCUCAUUGUUGCAAAAUGCAUAUUUCAUUUAGUUUUUUCCACACAACAUGAAUCACUGCGUGCAAUUGUCAUACAUCUCUUACAAAACAUAACACAGGCAAGAACUAAACAGAUCUCCCAUAUAGUCAGUCCGUUUAAGUUGGUUAUUUUGCCAUAAUCUCAUUUUGAUUUUUUCCCGUUUGUCUACUUUUAUGGAUGUUUACAAAUAAAUAGCCAUAUUUUCUUUUAAAAUACAUUUUAAAUCUGGUGAGCAGCAGACAAGGAUUUGGUGAAGCAAGUAGCAAUAGUAUUGCUGGUUCUUUUUUGUGUGCAAUAACUAAAAUAUGCAUUGCUUUACAUUGUACACUUACCGGUGUAAAGGGGUUUACAGUUUGUUACUCACUCGCCAUCCCGACUUAGUGCCAUGUCUUCAUUGCACAGCAAUUUUGUCUUAUUUCCAGAUUUGACUGCCCUUAUGUACGGGACCAGUCUGAUAUUAGUGAGCAUUAACAUGUUAAACCUACAUAGCAAGCUCUUAAUCUGUAGUUGCUUCUUAGCGAAGUUCUAAUUGUAUUACCAAAAUGUGUAAAGUCUCUUAGAAAUGUAUUGGCAAAAUUGUAAACUGAACAGCAAAAAUAGCUUAACAGUGAUCACGUUAGUGACAAACCUUUCACACUAUCAUCUUAUUUUAAAGAAUAAUAGACCCUAUAUGUAGGGAAAAAAAGUACAUAAUGUAUGUACAAAGUACAUAUGAAAAAACUAAAGUUAUGUGUUUUUAUUAAUCUUCCUGAAAUUGUACUUAUACAUUACCGUGUCAUCUAAAUUGCUAGCUAUUAUUCAUACAUUUUUUUUUAAUUCAACAAGUAUGCUUAAUCAGGCUGUUGUACCGAAAGAUGGGUUUAAGAUACCCUUUGUAAGAGUGUUUUGAAGUGUUAUGUUUUAAGGGGGUGAUGUGUAAUUGUGGUUGAAUGUCUUAAGUGAUAAGAUUUUUUUGUUUGUUUCAUUCUUAAAUUUUGCCUUUUAAUUGUGUACUGUUCAUUUUAUAAAUGCACUUAUUUUGUUUACUUAGUUUACUCAAAUAUAUAUUUGUUUUUUUUAAUUCUAAUUUAAAAAAAUAGUGUAAUUGAGAACUACAUAAACGUUAACAUAUUUUAUUGUAGAUCCAUAGCCAUAUGGUGUUUCUAAGCCGUGCCAUCACAAGUAUUUUCAUUAAACCUGGGGUUAUUGAGACAAACCAGACAUUACAUGGUGUUGGUCUCCAAUGCAAUUAUUGCAUGACCAUUGACUUUUAUUAAAGAAUCACUAUAGUGUCAGGAAAACAAAGCUGAUACUAGUGCCCUGAGGGUGCUCUCACCCACAGGGUUCCCCUCAACGUGGUGCUGAAGGGGUUAAAACCCCUUCAGCAGCUUACCUUAAUCCAGCGCCAGGCUCCCUCGGCGUUGGUGACCUCUCCUCCCACUCAGACGUCCGCUCCCCUGGCCGACGCCACAUGAGCCGAAUGCGCAUGUGCAGCAAGUGCCGCGUGCAUUCAAAGUGUCCAUAGGAAAGCAUUUCUCAAUGCUUUCCUAUGGACGCUCUGCGCAAUGGAGACAUACUAUGCCUCCAGUGUUGCAGAUGUGCCUCUAGUGGCUGUCUGAACCCCAAAUGUAAACAUAGCAGUUUCUCUAAAACUGCUAUGUUUGCAUCUGAAGGGUUAAAAUCCGAGGGACCUGUCACCCAGACCACUUCAUUGAGCUGGAGUGGUCUGUGUGACUAUAGUGUCCCUUUUAAGAUUAACCACUAUGGUUCCUGUUUUUACUUCCAUAUUAUUCCUGAUAUUAAGAAAACGGUGGUGGUAUUGUAUGCCCAGGGAUGGGCUGCAAUCAUCUGUUACUAAGCCCACUCGGGGAGUAUACUGACCUGGGUAAGAUUGAUAUCAGUUUGUUACAAAUAGAUGAAUCAGUAUAAGUAUAUUUUUUCCAAUUGCUUUGAGUAAAAUAAAAAAUAAAAUAAAAGUUGUAACAGAUUUUAACCAUCAUGGUGAGUCCAAUGAUUCCCCCACCUAGAUGUGCCUUCAACAGAUACCUACAGAGUGAAGUAUCAGUAGGCCUAUUGGUACACAUCAUACUGGUCAAUAGAAUGAGUGUCUGCUGCCAUUUGUGACAUAAAGUGACUUCAUAAAGAGAAGUAUACUUUGCACACCACAUCAAAAUGUCAGCCAGAUGCAAGAUAUCUUAUCAAGCAUACUCUGUAUGGCUGUGUGUCUAUUAUAAAAUAUAUCCUGUAUAGUCAUUCAUUCAUUCCUAGGCAUUACUUUCUGUUGGCACUCAUUCCUUACUAUUGAUUAAGGCAGCAUAGAUACUAAGUCCCCUUCUUGAUUAUGUUCAUUAUUGUUCCUCAUAUCCUUCAUACACUAAAAGGAAUUAUCUAAGUGAAACUCCUCUUUGUGGUUUGUCUGAUUUCCUCCUUCCACAUACGUUGUAUUUCUAGCACAAUAGCUCCCAGUAGUGACCCCCUAUUCGUGCAAUGUCCCUCGGCGCUAGUCAGGGUCCUCCUUUGCCGGCCUAAUGCACAUGCGCAGCGAGUGCCAAGAGCACAUUAGGACAGCCCAUAGCAAAGCAUUAUUUUAUGCUUACCUACAGGGUUUUGAGUGACGCUGGAUAUCCUAAUGUAUAACGUGAGGACAUCCAGCGUCCGUGAGGUGAACAACCCAGAAGUCCCGCUAGUGGGCUGUCUGGUAGACAGCCGCUAGAGGUGGAGCUAACCGUGCAAGGUAAUUAUUGCAGUUUCUCAAUGACUUCAAUAAUUACAAUUGCACUAUUAAACUGACAGAGGCAGUGCACCCAGACCUUUAUAAUUAGCUGAAGUGGUCUGGGUGCCUAUAAUGUCCCUUUAAUACUGAUGGUUCUUGGGUUUCUUGUACACAUUAGAUCAUUGUGUUAUUGGAGCCGUCAUGUGCAGGCUAGAACAUAGUGUUUAACUAAACAGGAUGAGUCAACCACCAGGGCCAUAUCUACGCCAUGUGUAGACCUUUCCUUGCAUCAAACUUUUGUACACCGUCCGCAGGUGUGCACCAUACCUAUACAUACUGGUCAUGGAACGCACAGACCUAUAAAUGAACGAAAUGUGGAAGGUGAAGUAGUCCGGUACGCUAUCAGACCUCAAAAAGGAGAUAGGAAAACAACUUUACAAGAAUGGCAACUGGUUUAGAUAUACUGCUUAAAUGACAAAAUAGAAUUCCUGUAAAUUAAAGCAAAAAUAAAUAAAAUUCUGUUUCCCUAAAGCAUGGGUGUCCAAAAGGUAGAUCCCCAGAUGUUUAAUACUACAGCUUCCAUGAUGCUUUGUCAUUCUAAAUGCAUUACAAAAGCAUCAUGGAAGUUGUAGUUCUACAACAUCUGGGGAUCUACCUUUUGGGCACCCACACUGAGGGCACCAAAAAACUUAAUAUCAUUCAAGUUGUUGUGGUGCCAGAGGUCCUGGGCAUCAUCUUACCUUAGGAACAGUUUAACCAUAUAUUGUGUACAGUAGAUGGCACCUGUCCACUCUGACUCUACCCAUUCAUGUCCACCUCAGACUGGGUGUUAGUGAAAGCCUGAAAACAUUAACGGACAUUGCUUGUCACUAGCUUCCCGGUAAGAAAAGUACGUACCUUUCCAACAAACACAAGGUUUUAGGUUGUUAGCUGAGAUAAUUGUGGAUAACAAGCCCAAUUUAAAGUGUAAGGAAUAAGUGCCCAUCAUUGGUACCAGUGCAAUGCAAACAGUAUUUUAGACAGGGGAGGAUACAUGUAUUGUGUGCGAUUUGUGUGUACUUACAUUAACCAUCUUAAUCAUACAUUUAUACGAUUCUUAACUUGUUCCUUUGACAGCGUGAAAGGAAUAAGGUACAUCUACGAGUGAUAUGUUUGUGGGCUUUAGUUUGACUGAAUUGUGUUGUUAUUUAGGUUUUUUUGCAGUUUGGGUGCAUUGUUACUGAACCACUGAUAUUUUGAGCAAAACCAUAUAAAGAUGGACUAGUUUGCAACUAUUGAGGUUCUUUGGUCAGUUGUCAUUUCCCCGGUAUGCCCCAUCACAUGGCAUUAGUGUGGCUGUUACAUUGUGUGUCUAUAAUAGCACAGAGCAAACAGACUAUGCUUUGGGAGUGCUGCUGCUGUAGGUUUUCACGAAUAUGCAGCCAGCCAAAUGGAUAGCCAUCACAUUCCUUGACUGUCCUGGCCUCACACACAUGGAAAGAUUGAACUGACCCUGAUUAUCGGUGUUAAAAAAGCACCUGGAAUAAGAUGUGUGUGUUUGAAACUAUGCAACUGAUAUAGAGCAGCAAUACUUCCUCGUGUGUUGGGUGUUGGAUGGAAGAAAAAAAUCUGACCACAUUUGAACAUGCAGUACAAACCUCUGCUUCUAUGUACGCUCCAUCCUGGGGCUGACAUGCAUAAUACGUAUAGGUAGGGCUUACUUAGAGUUUCUUUGUGCUUUUUUGGAUUCUGUUUUUUUUUUUCUUCUUCUAGAGACUUGACUAUUCAGUUGCCAAAUAUCUAGGUUUAAUUCACUCUCAAAGGGCUAGAAUAGAACAAUUAAAAUGCUGAUUAACAUGAAAUUCAGCUAAUUUAGCCCAAAUGCUUUUCCCAUUUCAUUACCAGUAUAUUUGGUGUUUAUGCAGGUGCAUUGCUUUAUCAAAGAUAUUAAAGGACCACUCUACACCCAUAAAGUAUCCUAUUUCAACUAUAACUACUUCAGCGCAGCUGACUCUUGUUACCUGCUACCUGCUAGGCUCCUUCACGGAUCAAGCUCAUUUACAAUAUACCCCAAUGAAUACACGUAGAAGAAAAAAAACAUGCAUGUAUUCCUUGGGAUAUAUCUACUGCAUAGUCAUUGGAAUUAAGAUAUAUCUACUACAUAAUAGGAGAAUAUCCAACAGUGGUUAUUUUGCAACCGUGCUGUCAAUCUACUAUAGCUAAUGUUUAGUUUAUAAAUGCUGAUUUCAUUAAAGUACUAACCAGCAGCAUGCAGCAACCGUAUACUCAGGCUGUUAGUUGUAUUGCAUGAGGAUUCUGUGUAAACAAUUGUAACACUGUUAUGUUCAAUGUUACGUCUUGGUUGCAUGAAAUCAUGUAAAGUCGGGGCAGCCAAUAUCCAGUCCCAGCUUUUAUAGAACUUCAGGCAUGUCCAACCAUACUGAUAAUGUGCAGACUAAACCUCUACAACUUCAAUUCUGUCCGGCCUAGACAGCAAGAAUAACAUCUGCUAAUGUGGUUGUGUUGGUUUUGCAUUCUAACUGCAGCUUAGAAGUGGCCAGGCUACGGGUGCUGCUUUUUUUUGUUUGUGGGACAGUCUAAUCGCACCAUAACCACUACCAACACCUGUAGUAACUAUGAUGCUUAGAGUGCCCCACUAACAUGGUAUGAACGCAGACUUUCAUUAUGUUGUACUGCUCUGUUCACUUAAUGCUGGAAUAGAACAUUGUGAAUUAAAUGUCUGUUUUUAGCUGAAAAAUAGAAUUAUUUGGUUUGUAUUUGCAAUGAGGACUCAGAAUUAUUACAGCAUGCAUUGUGGUGUUCACCUUUCUGCCACACAGUCAGCAAAUUGGCCUUUUAAUGGGGAGGACAAUUGACUUAUCUCUUUUUCUUCACCUAAACAUUCACAUUUUUGUUGCUGUACAUUCUGGUUUUACCGCAAGGUACCUUUUAACGGUUUCUAUGACGAGAUCUUACAAUGCGUAUCCAAUUUGGAUUGUGUUGUGCUUUCUGGAAUUAUAUCAAAGUUAAAAAAUACUUGCAUCAUAAUGUGAAUUAUGAGCAUGGAACUCAAUUAAAUGAACAUUUCAAAGACAAAUAAAACAAUUCAAAUAAAAGCUAUUGAAUUAUGUGAAAAUUAAUGUUUGUGGUUUUUAUCUUCAAUGGGUAUCUGUACUUGGUAAACACAGUUUUGUUUUUUGUAACCAGUUACUGCAACCUAUGUGAUGGUUUGUUAAAUACCCCUCAGUAUUGUUGUUCUCUUUAAACAGUUACUGCAACAUUGUCUUAAUACAAGCUUAUCAAACACGUAUACUGCAAAAAGACACACAGGGUUGUUCACUUAUGUCUGACUCUUGACAGCAGAUGAGUUGAGAAUUUUGUAGAUCAGCUAUUUUAGCCUCAGUUUUUUCAUUCAGAUUUAAUUAGUGAAAUUUCAGAGUUAAGUGAACAAUUGACCUUUUGUCAAUGCUGCUAUGAACAGGCAGGAAAUAUAUUUUGCUUUUGUUUCCUUGUGUACAAUGGAUGCAGUGUCCACUAGGGGGAGCUGGGGAGACAUCAUACUUGAACCCAUAUUUGUCGCAACUUGAACAGUGUAAAUACAGUCCAUCCUCCAUCAUGAAAACAAAUGCAUUCUUCUUAUUUUUUAAACAAUUACAAAAUCUGGAGUUAUUACUCAGAAGUGUAUGCAAUGUAUUUAUACCUAUAACUGCAGCAUUUUUAUUUUUCUUGCAACAAUGAUUGUACUUCUAGGCCCACCUCCCUACGCACAGAUUUAAUAGGAGAGUUUAUGCUUCCUACUGCUCAUUACACUAUCACAGGCAUAGAGUGCAUUAGGCCCACCUCUAACAGGUCUUUUCGAUGCUUUUUGUGCCACACGGCAUGUAUUUUUCUAAUCAACAAAAUUAUGCAUUAAGCUAUGGGUGAGAUGAUACAACGGCUUGUCGGGUUUGAAUUUCAUAUCCUGUACACCCCUGCUUGAGGUAAUUUGAGACAUGUACAACACUUUUUAAAAUAAAGUGCAUUGGAUUGGGCUGGCUGGCUGGCUAUUUGUUAACUACCGUAUAUACUCUAGUAUAAGUCGACACCCCUAAUUUUACCCCCAAAAAUUGGUAAACCUAUUGACUCGAGUAUAAGACUAGGGUGGGAAAUGCAGCAGCUACUGGUAAAUUUCUAAAUAAAAUUAUAUCCCCCAAAAAUUAUAUUAAUUGAAUAUUUAUUUACAGUGUGUGUAUAUAAUGAAUGCAGUGU